UCUCUCUCUCUCUCUCUCUCUCUCUCUCUCUCUCUCUCUCUCUCUCUCUCUCUCUCUCUCUCUCUCUCUCUCUCUCUCUCUCUCUCUCUCUCUCUCUCUCUCUCUCUCUCUCUCUCUCUCUCUCUCUCUCUCUCUCUCUCUCUCUCUCUCUCUCUCAGCUUGUUUUUGUUGUCAGACGCCCAUGAGGAGAAAAUGGUGCGUUCAUGGUCGGCUUGUAAACUCUACUACAACUGAAGUUCUCCGUUUUUGCACUUCGACGUGGAAAGAAAAUAAAUAUAUGCAGAGAUCUUUAUAUUGUACUGAAAUUUUUACAUAUAUUUAUUUGGUUCCCUUUUAGAUAAAGCCACUGAAAAAUAGGGCAUGUUCUGGCAUGUUGCAUUUCGGACAGGGCUGAAGUCCGGAAUCUUAAUAUAGCCUAUAACUACUAAAUCCUUUAACAAAAACACCAAUUGUUAACCAAAAAUGAAUAAAUCAGACUCAGUUUUGGUUGUGCAAGUUGAUGUAAUAUUGAAACAAAGACAGAACAGCACAAACUAUCAAUAAUAUGAACAAAACAAGCCAAGCAGAGGCCUAAAAAUAAGAUGUAAGAUACCUACACAUGCAUAAUAGAGUCAAAAACAUUAUAAAUAUUCUAUAAAAGACACAUGAGGCUGAAUCAAAUGCCUCUUGCCAACCAAAACCUUUGACAAUAUUUCAAAACUUCCCCCAUAAAAUACAAUUGCCUCCCAAUAAAAUAACUUGCAGGUGUAUAAGUGUAGCAUGAGGUACAAAGAUGAGGGAGUUGUUAGUAUCACAGAAAGCCUGACAGAGCACAAACCGAGGUGAAGUGCUCCAUCUAGAGUCACGUCUUAGUCUUGCAUGUGUCUGUGUUGUUGAUAUGGCUCUGAUUAUUCAGUCAUGUACCUGCUUAGUAACUUUAUCAUAGGCUGUGGUGUUACCGUGCACUGUUGAAGUGACGUAGAUGUUGGAAAACGACUUACUUUUCUCCAGCUUACUCCUCAUUCGAUUGUGACACCGCUGUAUAUAAUUCUGUGAUAUUUGAAUACAUUUUUUGUCCAUUGCAAAACCUAAUGGGAAAGGGUAAAGUAACGUCAGCUUACUGGGGCAAAAGGAUGACCCAUGUUAAGUACACAAAGUCAUUGUUACUGUAGAUAGGUACAAAUGAACGCAUGCAUCAUCUCAGUGCCAUUACUGCGUGGUUACUGAAAACUAUCUGGCUUUAGAGGUUUGUUACUUUGCUAUCUGACACAGUAAAUCAUCCCUGCUCGCUGAUUGGUGAAGUUGGCUGGUUUGAAUUGUUUGUCUUCAGACUAAAUCACGAACACGUCUGUAUUCAUGAGACAGUUCUUAACUUUCUCCCCGUUAUGUAUGCAAUUCUACAGUUGAAAAUGCUGUAAGCUAUCUUCUCUUUCUGAUCAAGUCCCAAUACUUUAUUUUGCCAUUUGAACUCAGCGUGUGUUUUGAAAUGGGAAAAAGGAGUUUUAGGUAUAGUGGCUGCGCAGCCUGGAAUCUGCUGCAGGAGGAUUUGUGUCAGUUUGAGGCAAUAGAUGAAUGCAUCAGGCUGUAGAUGCUUUGACUGGUUACUUUAUAUUAAGUGACCCCAGAUACAUCAAUAUGUGUUUUAUAUCAAAUAUGCUGAUGCUGAUAUUGGGAAGGACACUCCUGCAAAAGAGAUUUUGAUUUGAGAGGCUUUUCUGGUUGGAUACAUUUUCAAAUGAAUGAAUAAAAAUAAGGUUUGCUGAAUAACAUGUUAUUGCAAGAAGCCCUUACUUCUAUUGGAAAAGUGGAGAAACUUCACACAUUCAGAAGAAAGACCUGCUGAAAGACUGCUCAAACUGGUGGUUAAGGAUCAGCAGAAGGCCUUUAAUACAACACAGGACGUGAUCUCGUUCAGAGGAAAUUUGCUUUGCACUGUGAACUGAAUUGAUCUUGAUUAAAAUCUCACAGAAUACACCAAGAUGAUUAAACGAAGCCUACUCUCCGUCCUGAACACUGCUACACUGAAACAAAACAAUCAGCAGCUUCUGCAAGAGAGACAAUCUGCAAGCAAUAAUGAAAGUUUCUACAGAAAAGAGAGAGAAAAAAAAAAACAUUUUGAUUAUGCUCAGAUUAAGCAUUUAUGCACUGGAAUAUACAGUUACUAAAAUAAAGACACAUAAAGAUUGUAAAGUAAAUACAUCAAAAGUAUGAUCAACAGAGGCUGUCCAAAUAUGAACUGUGUCUUUGGUUUUGUUAUUAACUCACAGGUAUAUGACAUGCGGUGUUUCAAGCAUGCAAAGUGUGGUUAUAUAUCUGAUAACAACGGAGUGAAGGGCCAUCAAACAGUUCAGUAUGCAGCAGCACUUUGGUUUGGAGUUAGAGCGCCGUGCAUGACUUUGUGUGAAACAGAUCUGUUGUGUCUGCAAACCACUUCACAUCCAACUUUGAGUUAAUCAUUCCUAGGAUUCCUAUGGUAAUCAGCAUUUAGACAAGUGAAGAAAAGUGUUAAUCCAUUUAAAAUUAACAAGAUAACAAUAGUUUGACAUAGUAGUGCAUGAGUACAAGGUUGUCAGGAUUCAAAGUUGUGAUUUUCACACAAAUCAGACCAGAUACACUUGAAACACCACCUGUAAAAGUGACCUGAAUCAACAAUCAGCAUAAAGGCCUUUUUGGCAGUUAAAGCUGUCGGCCUGCAGAGUGCGCUGUGGGCUUACCAGUGUGUGAAAUACCGUGAUCCAAACUAUAAUACAACAUUUUUAUAUGAGGAAAAAAGAUACUGGAAGAGAACUAAACAUAUAGUGGACAAAAAGAGAAAACAGCCAUAGCCAGAAAAAACAACAACAACAACAACAAACUGAUGAAGUUAAUGACAAAUAUUUUUGAUUAGUAGAACAAAAAAAAAUGGCAAAAAAACAACAACCACAACAAAAACUGUGUAUGGGCUUAAAGCUAUUACUGAGGAAAUAGUUGUAGAAAAUUGAUGACCUUGUGUGGGUCAUGGCGAUAGACUGUAUACAGUCUUUGGUCAUUAAGGGUCAAAAUAAUGCAGUCAUGUUAUGACAAUUGAACAAUAAUAGCACCAGCUGUAGCUCUUACACAGACACUUCAUUAAAAUGUUGAAAAACUAUAAAUUCAUUUGCAGCCAUUUCAAUAAGAGAUUAUUUUAAUCACUUAUCUUUACUUGAUAACCCAAAUAGAAAUGUCUAUUUACAUUUAUAUCUAUUUCUCUCUAUCUAUUCAUGUAGUCAUUCAACAUUUUCUUUCCGAAUUAACGAAUUAUUUUCGCAUCGUGGAUAAAAUUCAAAGGUAGAAACAUUUUUGCCAUGUUUUCAUAAUUAGAAAGAUAACUACAUUAAUACAAGAUAAAGGGGCUGUUUUUUUUUUCAACAUGCUUCAACGUUUAGUACGUUCCCAACCGGAGAUGUCGUUUUUGCCGUCUGUAUUUCCAACUCUUAUUUUGAAAACCCAACCGGAAGCUGCAAUCAACGUACGUUGCUUGACAACGCUCGACCCGGCCGAAGUCAUCGGGACUGGGGAAAGACUUUACCGCCGCCGCUGCUGUUACCUUCCCGUCCGGUUUUAUGAGGAUAAUUCAACGAAAUUACACGCAAGUUUGUGGCGGAUUUACUGGAUUUUAACGACUGUGGACCCAGCCGUUACUUUCUCCUCUCAGCGGUUGUUCAGACUGUUCAUUCCCCCCACUGCUGGCGGUUAGCAUCGGUUACUGCUGCUCAACAUGGUGGCCUGUAGGCAAGGAGACGGAGAAGAAACCACCACAGUUUGGAGAUUUCAGCGGAUUUAAACGGCACUUUUGUGGACUCUGGAUAAUUAUAAUUAACUUUACAAUUGAACACAAGGCCUCGUUGAAGUUUUACCUCGGGGAAAAGUUGUAAAAACAGCGCUCACAAGUGGAAAAAUAGCAACACAGUAAUGUGUUUAUAUUACGGAUGACUUCACACUGAAAUGAAUUGGGGCACAAGUGCAGCUCAGUGGAACUACUUUACCCUCCUAGACAGUUUCUGUUGACUCUGUCCUCCUCUUUGACAUCCGAUUCAUUGUUAAUUUGAGGAUUAUUAUGGAUUAACACUGACAGGGGAGGGGAUUUCAGGGGGUUAACUGCUGAUAUGAUAAUAACAAUAUCUCGAAAUUUCUUUUAUUAUGACCUCUGAUUCACCAGAGAACACAACAUCUCCCUGUGAGCUUCAGUGCAAAGUUAAUGUGACCCUGUGAGACAAAUCUGAGGGGGAAAUCUGUUCGAGGUUUUAUUUUAUUUUAAGUUAAAUCAUCCAGACGUGCCUCCAGCGAUGCAAUAGUUACAUUGCAUCCUUCAGUUAUUUUUUCCACAACCCUUAAUUUAUUACGAUGGCCUAAUCCAAACUGUUACACGCCUGGAAAUAAGAGCUGGCAUCGAUGAGGAGAAGAAAAAGCGAUGGUUUCCCUUCGUUGUGAUUUUGAGUAGAGAGGAGUUAAUUACAUGGAGACUCGCCUGACAUGCCAAGGACGGAGUUGCCACUACCUGAAGGCUGGGAGGAAGCCAGAGACUUUGAUGGCAAAGUCUACUACAUUGACCACAUUAACCAGUGCACGAGCUGGAUCGACCCCAGAGACAGGUAGGAAUGUGUGUUUGUGUGUGUUACUCAGAGUGUUGUUGCACUAACAUAGCAGGUGGAUGACCUUUGACCCGCAGAUGAACAGCAUGACUCAAGCUUUGGGAACUUUACCUCGAUGCAAAGUCAUAAAGUGCUCUUGUUGCUUUGCAAAUGCAGUAAAUUUAUGCAAGCUUGCACUAUUGUAUCAUGAUAUCAGAUUCAUUCUUUUACUUUAUUCCUUUUAAAGAAUAUGUGUGACUUAUCUGAACAGGUAGCACAUGGACAUUCACUGAAAGCACAAAAGAGAACACUAGUCUAGAUCAUAGUUGUAUGAUGGUGCAGUGAACGCUCAUGUUGAAGUUUAAUUACCAGAAAGCAGAAAAAGAAGUGUUUGGUUCCCCUAAUAUUACGGGAAAAUAGACUGCAACCAACCGACAACUACCCCUUAAUGCGUAUUGCUCUCGCUGAAUACUGACACAGUGAUGGUUUGGCACAGUUUUGACUUGAAUGUCUUUCGCCAGCCGCAAAGUUUGUACAACUACACUCCCCAGAUAUUCUACCUAAACAUUGUGUCGUAAAUAAAUUAAACAAAAAAUGGGGGCGUCAUCAAACGAUAAUCACUUUGCAUUUAAAAGAGCCCAAUAUUUGCCUUCUUCAGUCAUAAAGCUAAUGACUUCAAAUCUACCUUUUCUCUACAACUCCAGUAUAUUGUGACGAUUGUAACAAAGAAGGAAUAAAGGUGAUAGUAAUCAUAGUUAAGAGUUAGAAACACACACUGCAGUCUCACUGUUUUUAAAGCUCCUGCGGAGUAUUUUCACAUUUAUGAAGUAGAAAAAAGUUCAUGUUUAAACCAUUUUAUGACAUACAAAAGCAAACAAGACCACCAGUGACAAGAUUGUUGAUUUUCUAUAGUAAUUUUGAAUGUCUGAAACUGGUGCGAGGGGGAGGUGUCAGCUUAGUAACUGAACAAACAACCGUCUUAACAUGUUAGUCAUAACACAUUCAGAACAAAUGAUACGUAAGACAGUCAAAAAUGAUCUGAAGCAUAUAGAAGGAAAGGUUUUUAAAGACAGUUGUCCACAGUGGGUGCCAAAAUUUACAGAAAUUGAAAGAUUUUCGUAGGUGCUUUGAGGGACAUAAACUGAUUAAAUGUGUCUGUGUAACUUUUCAACUAAAUCACAACCCACUAUUGCAGCUGUAGUGGGUAUUAUUUUACUUUCUCUAGACGGGUUCCACCUGUUGUUAGUUCCCCAUCAGGGGGUAUUAACAAUUUUUCAGACUCCGUUCUUCCUUUCUGGUACCUCUUUAAAAGCUUUACGUGAUUUUCAUAUCCAAAAAAACCUUGUGUUUCUCACUCUGGUUUAUUAAAAGACCAUUAAUUGAGCCUUCAUCCGAAACGCUUCAUUCUAGAUACUGUCUCUUUAAGCCAAAUCCCUCCAUGAGCCUACUUUCCUCUGAUUGGCCGCCUCUCCUGAGUUCGGCUGAGGGCAGAGCUGAAUGUUUUGGCCCCACCCCCUUUAUUGUUGUCAUGUUAAUCAAUCCAGUAGUGGAGCGGCAUUACCCCAUUCCGCUGUGGGUAUCACCUCAAACGCUGUUGGUGGCAGGCAGUUCCACUGUUCCGUCAUUAGUUUAGUGAGUCUUGAAAAGAUCUUGAGCGAUCUCCCAACAAAUGUUUUUAGCAGUUUCCAUUGAUUUUCUGGGAUUAUUACAACACAUAUUUGUUAACCUUGUGAUUUGAAACUUUAGUUUGCACGUACAGCUAAUGUUCAACAAGACAAGGCGACAUGAGAAUAAAGAUGAAUCAAAUAUAUAUUGUAGGGGUGGACAGUAACUCAGGACUGAAUAUAGUGUCUGAAAUAUAGCCCACACUAAUGGUGACAUUUCAAUACAAGAAUUCUGCGAUCAUCAAUGAAUUACAUGUAGAGAUGCACAAUGACAAUGAAAGUAUGUUGAAGACACUCAUUUGUUCCAACCUCUGGCGAUCGGUUGUUUGGCUGGUUUAUCCCCACUCAGCACUGAAACUAUUGCGUCUGUCAGUGUACCUGAUAACCCGUGACGUCCCCGUGUCGAGGUGUUUACACAAGAUAUAGGCGUAGGAUGUAUGUGUUGAAGCCAUGAGUGAUGUGGCACAAAUAUUUGCACAGUCAUGCGUGUUGUAAUGUAAUGCAGGUCGAGUAAAUAGUUUUCAGUUUUAUUUUUGAAUAAUAUUCUAAAUAUUUGGUUUAUAAAUAGUUGUUCACCCAUCUUUGUCCUGGAGUAUCAAAUUUUUGUUUAGUCUUUGCUUACAUAAAAGAUUGUGCUGACUCUUAAAACAGGUUUCAGAAUUAGAAAAUUUUCUUUCCCUGCAUAGUAUUUUUUUUUUCUCUAGCAGAAGAUAUUUUUUGCAAGAGGUGCUUCUGACUCAUAUUUGUGCAAGGUUGCAAACAUUGGAUCAUAUUCAAUAAAUACCUGAAGAGUCAUCUCACAUUUAAAACUCUUUUGAUCAAAUUAAAGCAUGUCUUGCAUAAUGUCUGAAAGGAGCCUGUGACCAUUAAUAAGGAGCUUCAGUGGCAAAAGACACAUCCAGAGAGCCCUUUUCUGCAGGAAAAACUAUUCUCCCUGGAAAUUACGUUGGGCUUUUCUUGUUAUUGGUGUAAAUUAAAUCCCUGAACACAUUAACGGCAAAGGUUAGAUCAAUAACAGAAAACCCUGUCUACUCCCCACCCCCCUAGAAUCUAAGCCAAUGUUUUGCACUAAUCUUGCGCCCUCAUAACCACCCCAAAUGGGCCCAGAGCGGUGAAAUUUUUCUGAUAAAUUUGGCACAAUCUUUCAUCAGCUCAGGCUGCAGCCGUCUUAACAGCAAGAGUGAGACGGAGACUGAAAAAUCAGACCUCGGGUUGGAAAUGCUAAUGAUGGUUGUCAGUUCGUGUGCAUAUUUUUGUAAGACCUCCUUGUCAAAAAACCUGAACAAGAUAUGAAUUUACUUAAAUGUUAUUUAACUCCUCUUAUAGCCAGGGUAUGCAGAAUAAAGGUCUAAAUGGAGACCACUCAGUUUCAUGAAAGUCAAAUGAAAGCGGUUAUUGUGUCUGUGUUCUCAGUGCUCACUCUGUCCCUCUGCCUUAAUAACACACACCUGAUCCUUCUGCUCUUAACCUGCUGUGCAGCAGGUGAUUUCCUGCACUCUCAGUUUUUGGGUCAUUAAAAUGCACAGUGUCAUUAAUAGCAAGCCUCGUUAUUGUCUACUGUCACAAUGCAAGCAGUAGUGAAACUUGUUAAAAUGUGAGCUGUGUUCUUUGGGUGACUCAUAAAAAAAGUUGUGCUCAUGAAUAUUGUCAGUAGAGCUGACAAAUGAUGACAGAGACAAAGGAGAAACUGCCGAGCAGGAGAAACUGCUGAGAGACAGAUGCAAGCUGAGCGUGUUUGUGUGUCAGUGUGUGUAGAGAAGAAACUGUAGGGAAGAAGGAUGACGUUUGUGAACAAAGAUUAACAAAGACAAAAUAAUAAAUCAAACCCAACUAAAGCCAAUAAAAACACAUUUUAUAAAAAAGUAUCUUCAGUCACAGACAUCAUGGUGUUUCUACAGAAGAAGCCCACACUUCAAAUGACAAUAUUUACCGUUAAUUAUGAUUCUUUGGUUAUGGUAAAGUCAAAAUCAUGAUGGGGAUUGAAAUUGGAUUGACUGUGCAGCCCUAUGGUAGCACAUUUAUAAAUGCUAAAAUGAGUGGAAGUCAAUGAGAACUGAGGGUUACAUUAAAAAUUCUAAAUAUUCAACUCAACAAAAGCCUCUGAUGUUCCCUGAUACGUUACAUUUAGAGUUUUAGUGAUUUUCUUUGUCUUUUCAGUCGCAUUAAUAAUCUUUAAAACAAAUACUGGGCUUUCAAUGUGAAAUGAUUUCCACAUAAAAUACUAUUGUAACAGGCCGCCUGCAUCCUUUAGCCAGGACUGAGUAUAUCAGACCUGCAAAAUCCCUUUCAUUCUUUUAAUAUUCAGUGAAAUGAGGUGAACUAAUUCUAAAGUCUGUUAGUAUAAUCAUGCUGAGUGUGCACUCUGCAGCAAAAAUGAUGAAAGUGAGAAAGUUAUUCAUUCCAUCAGACGUGUAUUUCUCUGUUUGUGUGGAAUUUGGUGCCAGCUUCUCAGGUUAAGAGCUUUUAUCUUUGAACGAUUUGGAAUAAUAAAGUGUGGGAAUUUUUAGAAUUAGAAAUACUAAUAUGAUCAUAGAACUGAGGUGAAUAUUAUUAAACCAAUGUAUUAUUUGUUUGGUAGAAUCAGAUAGAAUCUGUGAACACCGGAUCUAGUUUUGUAUUUUUUGUAUUUCUCCCGGUACAUUCUGUUCACUUACAAUCUUGUAUUUAAAAACCAGAUUUGAUUUUCUAAGGUGUGUGUUACUGUUUCCCCUCCUCUCUCUUAUAGAAAUCCAUCAGUGUAAUAGGCUUAGAGUACAAAGCAUGCAGCGCUACAUGACACAGUACAAAAACAGAGAUGUGGAGGGGAGGGCAGGUUUUCACGGGGGGACUCGUUUUUCAUCUUUACCAGUUACUUAAGACCCUGCGGACUUUGACACCAAAUCCCUUUAAUGGCUUAUGUCUGGAAUUCUGGGGGCUUAGAGCUUGUUUUUUAGAUUUCGUGUGAGAGAACACACAUUCUUACUGCAUUAGGUGGACCUUUAUCUGCAUUUUACACAUGUUUAUGUAUGUGGCUGAUACCUUAAUCCAGGGACAAUGAAUCAACUGUACCAUAAGCUUCAGCCCUUCAGUGAUCAACAUUACAACAAACAUGCAAUACAGUGGAAUGCAAGAAUCAAAGCCAAAGUCAUUACACAAUGUAACUCUGACUUCACUUGUGUUGUCAUGUCAAGUUAUCUCUAAAUAAUUAUGUCACCGAAAGGACAUUUUCACAUUAUAUCCCUUUUUAGUUGGCUGGUAAAGUCUUCUUUGAUUUUACACUUUUUUAAAAAUUAAGUUAGAAUCUUACAACCAACUUGUUGCACAGCUGUGUACGACUUCCCCUUGAGGAAAUGUCUUGUUGUUAAAACAGACUUUAGCUUAAUUGGAUAGCUGUCCUGACAUUGUUUGAAUUCUCACACUACAGACAUUUGUAUGUCAGUUAAUCUGUAAAUAUUUGUUUUGAGUAAUCUGCCAAUAGCCCAACCAGCAGACAGUAGUGAGCUUUUUUUUUUUUUUUUUUUUAACAACUAAUACUGUAGACCUACUAGUUUUUAUGAACUGACUCAAAAGGUUCAUCUGACUAUCAAACUGGUUUUUGAUGAAGCUUCUUCUUUCAAUCUUGGUAGUAGUUGGUCGUGAUUAUUUGGAGCACCAAAUUACCUCAUUGUUAUUACAGAAAUUACAGUUCCUAUUAAAUGACAAAUCUAAAGGUCAGCUAACACUUAAAAACCAAGCACAGUUUGUUUGUGUAUAAAUUAUAAUAACAACGUCAGAUUGGUUUAUUGAGUGUGGCUAACAUCAGCAGUGCUGGCACCAGUCCUAUUUGGAGAUCAGCAUCCACAUCUGGCCAAGUGGUCAUAACUAUGCUAGUUUGACCACACACAGCCAAAACCAAAACACACAUAUUACCUUAUAUUCAUAUCCAGAUCAAAAUACUGACAAACCAAGUUGCAUUACAAGAUGCCAUCUGUCAUAUUUGCUUCCUACAUGCUGCUAGUAGAUCGUAUCCACUAUGAAACUGCAGAGCUACAGUCUGACAAGUGGCUACGCUGUGGCUCAGACGCUGGUAGCUAGCUUGAGCUUCAUUGAACUGCACCAAACAGAUCUGACAGCAAAGCUAAUGGCUCAAAUUGUCGACAGUCUGAGAGAGAAAGCCUUUAUUGUUAACUAAGGCUACGUUCACACUGCAGGUUAUGAUGCACAAUUUGGAUUUUGGAUUUGUGGUCGUUCACAUUACAACAACGAAUGGGGCAUCUAAUGUGAAGUGACCCACAUGUGCACAAAGCACAAAUUGCUUUCUGCGCCUGUUUGUGUUGUCGAACAAUAGUGACGUUUGUCGCAUAUUGAUGACGUAUAGGUCGGAUGAACGUGCCUGAGCGUCCACACUGCAGUCACAUCGGAUACAUAUCAAAUUUAUAUCCACGUACAAAAGAGGCCUGGGUCGGAUUUGACAAAAUCAGAAUUGCACUGUUCACACUUACAUGAAAAAAUCUGAUAUGUGUCACAUAUGGUUAAAAAAUUGGGAUUGACCUGGAAGAUGAACAAAGCCAUAGUUCUUUUUUUACUUUGAGUGAUAAAACGCAACUUUUGUGAUAUUCUGUCCUUGUUUCUGGUUGCAGUCCAACCAGGUCACAAAUUAGCCACGGCUAGAAGUCCUGCAUACACAGCAUCAGUUGCUCUUUGAUUAGAUGCAACAAUGCCUGAUGUUCUGUCAAAAAAUAAUAAACGAUUAAAAAAUAACAAUAAAACUGAUGUAUUUUGCAGCCCUAGUCUUUGGUGAUGAAAAUAUUCAUUAAUUUGUUGAAGUGAUUUAAUUCUAGUGCUGACAAGUUUAGUCAUAAGAGUUUAGUCAUCUAGCAUAAAUAUCCAUACUUAUUAGAGCUGCAAAAUAAAGUCAAAGCUGUUGUAGACAGCUCUGAGAAAUACAGCAAUUGUAGCUUAAUCAUUAGAGGAGAUAAAAUCGUUCUCAUCAUAAUGCUAUUUGGAAGUGAAAGUAGUGUAGUGUGCACUGAGAUCUGGACUAAAGCCCACUGCUGCAGCGUCGUCUUUUAUUUUAAUACGUAACCAAUCAGGUUAAAGGUUAGUAAUAUGUGAAAGCUCACAGCAACAACAGCUGGAACACAGCUCUUAUACUGACAGGAGAGUGAUACCUUACAGUCAGAGCAUUUCCUCACAGGUCUUCUCAACCAAACAACAACAACAACAACACAUCUUUGCAGCACUCUUGUUUUUGUAUGAAAAAACAGAAGCUCUGCAGCAGAUUCACAUCCGUCUAUUCUUUUAUUCAGGUCAGCUCUGACUUCAGUUUUUACUCUUGACAGUCUGUGUAGUCUCAUGGUUUGAGCUCGAGCUUUCUGAGAUGCAGCAUGUCUCAUUCUUUGAACUCUGAUCAUUUUGUGUGAAGGAGCUGCAUCUGUGUCUUAAUUGUCAGUCUAGUCAGGGAUAAAAGCUCUAAAGGGUGACUUCAUUCAAUGUUUUAAUAGAGAAGCUUGGCUGUCAUUAAAUCAUAACCACAAUAACUGAUCUCAUUCAUUUGACAUUCUGCAUCACAAACUUUGUUCUCAAAAACUAUAUUCAGUGAAAAAUCACUGCAAUUUACAAUCGUAUUCAACAGGAUGAAUCAGCACUUUUUAUGACUUAGGACUCAGCAGCCGCUUGUUUGUGGAGAAGCCCUGAUGAGUCGACCACCGAGUGCAGAACUACAGCGUCUACAGUGCAAAAUGAUUAUUAUGAUAAUUAUUACUUCAUGGAAAUUAUUGUAUUUCCAUGAAGUAAUCAUAAAUUUUCUUCCUUGAGCCUGAGCAGAACUCUGCUGCACUUGGUGAUCGACUUGUUAGGGCUUCCCCACAAACAAGCGGCUGCUGGAGGACAGUGGGUGAGUUGUGUUUGGUCUCUUUGCUAAAGAAACCAGGCAAAGCUAUAAAGAUGUUUGGUGGCUAGUGCUGUGGCUGGGACCCUAUAUGUACUGUUGAUGAAGUUCUGAGCGUUAUUUGUGGCUAUAAAGGGGCUUUUUGUUUGCUGUCUGCGUACGGAGACAUAGACUGCUGUGUAUUGCUGUGGAGCGGUCUUUGCUGAAGUUGGCGUAACUGGAGAAGCAAGCGGUCUGCAAAAUUCAUCUCUCGAGGGGGUUUCUAACUCAGUGUUAUGGUGCGUUUGACCAUGACUUAAACUUUCUCCGGAAUUACCCUUUAAAUAUGUUUAUUAUUUAUUUAUUGAUAAUUUUAGAAAAAAAAGCAGGGGAUAAAUUAGAAUGGACAUAUUGCUGUUUGCUUUUGAGUCUUAUAUUUACAUAAUCCUGUUGCCCACAUAAAGUCUGCACUCAUAAGCAUUGAAAUAAGCGGUUGAAUGGUGACCCAGCGGCUUCAGUCUAAAGAAAUAUUUCUUUGAUGGUGAUGAAUGAAGUUAUUAUAGAGAAAAGGAAGAAGAGACAGACACAGAAAGGAAAUUCAAGGACCAGUCAGCUCCGAACAAUCUGCUGCAGUCAUGUGGAAAUCUUUCCAUUACAGCCUUUGGUUUAGGAAUGAAGAAAGACAGUGAGUCUUAUUUUGACACCGAACAGCUCUGUGUAAGCUCUUCUUUAAACUGCUCCUGCCUGAAACCUUCACAUCAAGACUAUCGAGACCCACACACAUCUGAUCUUGAUUGAAUAUCUCAUGUUUAAGCACCCAAACAAGAUAAGAUUGUAGCACUGGUUUUUAUCUGCUGCAUGUUCUUUUGUGUUGGUUGACUGUAGUUUACUUUUGUCCUGAUACAGCUGAUUACUACUGUUACAUUUUUCACCACUUCACUUUGAUUACAGAGAGUUCAGCCUGUUUGUCAGGCUACAGCAGCAUCAUUCGAAACAAAGAUUAGCUGAGGUUUCAGCAUGUCAGGCUGCAAACUAUCUAAAAAAUCUAAAGUUUUAAUGAUUUUCAGGUAUCUUGCCUUGUCAUGCAUUAUACCAGUCGAUAUCAGAGUAUCUAGUAGGGAUGGGCGAUAUGGGCUACAAAAUUUAUCAUGACAAGUUUUGCCAUUCUGGCGAUUACUAUAAAAUUCCCAAUAAAAAAUAUUAAAAAUCCUUUCUAUGUUUUUGACUCACUCUGUCUGGAGGAAACCAGUUGGCAUAGUCCUAAAAGAUACCUACAAGUUUAAGUGGUGAGAGUCUGUCGUUUGUGCUUACGUCAUCAAAUUGCAUGUAUCGCAUUUAUCGUGAGAUGGCAAAGAUUUAUCGUGGAGGAAUUUUCUGACGAUAAAUCGGGAACGAUAAUUUAUCGCCCAUCCCCAGAACUUUAUCUCUGUUUUUAAGAUGAGUACUGCCAAACUGCGCCACAUGGUGAGAUGACAGACGGCAUCUCAUUGCAGGAUUACCUACAUCCUGAUAAUAGUGAGUUAUAGCCUGGCUAAUAACAGCAGCUGUGCUGUAGCUUACACACAACAUAGACUCAAUGCAUAUGACUCUUGUUAUAGGAAAGUAACUCAAUGGUUUAAAAACAAAAAGCAGUAAAAUGAAGAUAUUGUGUUUCGCCAUUGCUGCGCAGCUGACCAGGGGUAAUAUAGGGGCUGCUAGCCGAGCUGCUGCUUGCUUGUUUGAUGUUUGAAAUUGCAGCAGUACAAAUUGUUCACAAGUUCUUUUUUUUGUUUGUUUUUUCCAGGCAGCAGACUUAUCUUUAGUGGUCUGGUUUCCUCAAAACUACGUAAACGCAGUGAUUCAAACAAUAAAGAGACCAAACGAAGAAAUCUGAGGUUAGAUAGCGGGGGCUCUGUUAUGUUCAGAACAGUUUGACUGGAGAUAUUUUUUAUCUGUUGACAUGUAGUCUAAUGAUAUGUUCCACUCAGGCUAAUGGUGAGCCUCUUAUAAGCUGAUAACAUAGUUUAAUGUGUAGCUGAACCAAAGGGAAAGCAACCAACAGUCAAAGCCUUAUAUUAGACAUUAUAACAAAAAAAUUCUGCUGAGUCUUACUUAGCAAAUUAAGGAUCCUGCAGAACCUUGAGGGGAUGUACAUGAGCAAAAUGUAAAUAAAUGAAAUGAAAAAAAGAGGGAAAAUAAAAGGAUGUUUUGAACAAAAAGUCUCCACAAGGACGUCCUGUGUAACCCUUAUAAAUUCUUUUGAGCGCGUUAUCAUCCAUCCACCCUUUCAGUGACGCACUGUGUACAUGCCGUCAGGUGAAAGGAAUGUUAUCUGUAAGAUAAAGGGACAGGAUGAGGAGGGUAAUGUGCAAAAAGAUUGUCGUAGUCAUUUAUCUUCUUUAUGAUGCAUUUUUUCUUAUCAUAAAAAGCAUGCUUCUAUUUUUAUGCUUUGUCACUUGGGCAUAAAAGACUAUAUUGCAAGUGUGAAAAGAGAUUACAGAAGUGUGUGUGUGUGUGUGUGUAUGUGUGUUUGUGCGCGCGAUUGUUUUACUGUUGGACCUUGAGCUGCAAUGAAAUGUAGUUUGGAGCCUCAUAACUCCUCUUGAGGAAUUUAUACGCCGCUCUGAAUGAACAUUUCUGACUCAUCGUUCAGAUAUGCAGCCCGCCUCCCAGCGCAUUCGCACUCUGCCGCACGCUUUGUCAGUUUGCAUUAGUGCAGUGGGCCUGGCCUGGCUGUUUACCUCGGUAUGUGAAACCUGAGGGAGUCUGUGUGCUUAUGAGUGUGUGUGUGUUUGUGUGUGUGAAUACUCUCGGCUUUGGCUGCUAUCGUGUCUUACAGGUAGGAAUGGCAGCAGUCCAGCAAAUUAAUUUUUGACCACUUUGAUAGCAGAAACAUCAGAGGAAUGCAGUUUGUGUUUUCCUCCUAGAGUUUUAGUCCCAUAAGCUUCUUAAAAAACAUGCAGAUCAUCAUGUGACCCUCCCCACUGAAAGUCAUACUUAUUAACUUGUGAGGUUAGAAGUUAUAUAAGAGAGUAACCCACUCUGAGCGUAAGUAGGAGGAUAAGGAUCAACAUUACUUCGUUUGAAUCAAUAAUUAGCUCAUAAAGGUGGCGGGUUUGCUGAACACAAACAGAUACUCAGAGAACGUAAAACUUUGCCGCAGGUGUUUUUAGCACGGUUACUCAUCCUAUUUGUUGUUAAAUUUGACUCUCAGCAGAAGUGGGGGUGUGAUGACACACUUAGCUGACGAGGCGAGACAAGACAAGAGGCUGGGUUCAGAGGAAUGAGACAAGAUGGGAUUUUACCCCAUUUAAAGACAACAUCAGCGAUGAAACUAGGGCUACAAAAAACGACUAUUUUAACACGCGACUAGUCACCAACUAUUGAAACCAUUAGUCGACUAAUCGGAUAACUACGUGCCCUCUCCUCAAAUGUUCGUAUUUACUCGUAGCUGCUGUAUGAUACGCCAUUGCCGCCAUGUUUGAAUACCAUACCGCUUGGGCAGAGAUGCUAUUGCAUAUGUGUGACUCUAGGCAGAGAUCGUGAUGAAGUAAGAUGCUUCACUCCAUUGGAAAAAAACACGUCUGGUGACAAAAGUUGACAAUGGAAUUCAUUGUCGACUUUUUUCAUUAUCGAUUUUUGUCAACGUCUACUAAUCGUUGCAGCUGUAGAUGAAAUCUGACUGAAAAAUACGUUUAUCAAAUGGAAGUCAGAAUGUAAAACAACCAUAUGGACCUUUAUUCUCUUAGUAAUCUCGCCUGCCACUCCAGCUCCUUUGACUAUGAAUUAACCAGUGCUGUAAAAGACUAUUAGCAUUGUAAAUGUCAUCAUUUACUGGUUAGUUUGAUGAGGUUUAUGAAAGGCAGAGGGAAGUUUACAUGUUCACCAAAGCAGUACUCUUAUCUUAGAUCGUUAUAAGAUAUCGGAUUUUCACAUAAUAGGGGCAAAGGCUGUCAUCUGUAGUUGGAAACAUGUUUCGUGAGUUUUUCAGCUAUAAAUAGAUGCCUUUUUUAAAUUCCCAGAUUUAGAUUACAGUUGUUAAUAUAUCAAGCUGUUUACAUGACCUCUCUGCCUUCAUGAAUUUCAGUGACAAUGAUGACUUUUCACAAUGUUUUCUUCUGUAACUUAUCAAUAUAAAUACUUGUGCAUGUCAGAACCUUUUCAUAUCACAUUGAACAAAGAUGUAAAGGCGCUAAACAUUUAUCAAAAUAAUGAUUAAACAUACUGUUUAACACUCGGUGUGUCAGAAAAAGGAGAGUGCAAAAUGGCGUGCUGAUCUCAUCAGGACAACUCAUCACCUUGACAAGAAAUCUCAUCACACUUAAACCUUGUAGCGCCAGAUCUUGUCUCACACUUACUCAGCAGACAAUGUAAGGUCUUCAAACUCUUCUGUAAAAAUUGUCUUUGGUAUUUUGUCUACAUUGACCCAUUUGAUGCAGUUUUAAAUGUUUUCAAAUGUGUCUUAUUCUUGCAUAUGUAGACAAGCCAAAGUUUUCAUGAUAUAAUAAACAUAAAUCAGUGAUGUAUGCACUAAACUAGGACUUUUUUACAAAAUUUGGCUGAAUAAAAACACAAACACUGACUUAAAACUAUUUUGGAUAUAAAAACUUCAUUGGAGUUUUUUUGGGGCACUGCAGAAUUAUUCAAACUCUGCACAUUUACCCGUUUUAAAGAAACAAAGUUCAAAGGUGUUACACAGUUUCAAAUGAAAUAGCAUGAUGACUGACUUCAUUAGCAUUAAAUGCCUCUCAUCACAUACCCAAUGUGAGUUGGGUUCUCUUGCUGUCAUGGUUUGUGUUUUAGAUCAAUUCAAACAGAAUUAUCCAAAAACAGUCCGCUUUGAUCAUGAAACAGUCAGCCCCUGCUGUCUUAAACAUGAGUUGCAUCAUUAGCAUUAAUUUACCUUGAUAGCAUUAUUUAACAGCAUCAUCAACAAACAUAUAACCCGAUAAAGGAAGUGGAGAAAAGUGUUAGCCAGACCGAUUCUUACUCUAGCUUGUGUUAAUUUUUGAUAAUCUUGGACAGGAUUAUGGAAUCAAAUAUCUCUAAAUACACUUUGUUAACAUGGGGCUUACUGAUUCGUCAAUAGACUACCACUGUAAAUGUGUGGCUGCUUUUAUACAGCCAAAUAACAGGCAGAUCUCAGUGUUGUAACUGUGCUUUUAAAAACCCCUAGAGGUGACUUUCCAGUGCUUGGACUCAUCCACAAGCAGCAAGCUGUCAGUCCACAUGGAUGUCUGACAGAGCUGAAAGUGAUCCAUGAGACAGCAAGCUGUUUGAUCAGAGCAAUCUGAUAAAAGUCCAGAAACAUCAGAGUUCAAAUGUUCAGUGGAGGCAUUCAAACUCAACAAUCCUCGUUAAUUCACCGUUUCACAGUUUAAUCAGGUUAGAGAGAAGUUUCUUUUGGAUUUUUGAGAUUCAUGUUUGCGACUUUUUAUGUGAAUCAAUCCAUGUCAUUUAUGGAAGAAUUUUUCCAUCUAUGAAUCAAUUCAUUCAUCCAUCCAUCCAUCAGUCCAGCCAUGCGUCUGUCACUGCAGCCACCCAUGCUUCUUUUCAUUUAGUCAUUUAUGAUUCCAUGCAUCCACCCAUGCAUUCGUAUAGCCAUCCAUGCAGCCAUCCAAACAUUAAUUUAUUUACCCAUGCAUCCAUUCAUCUAUCCAUUCAAGCACCUAUCUAUCCAUGCAUCCUUCCACCCUUUAUGCAUCCAUUUAUCAGUCCAUCCAUGCUUCUCUCCAUCCUAUCAUUUAUUCCUCCAUCCAUCUAUCCAUCCGUGCAGCCACCCAAACAUUUAUUCUCUCUGCUGAUCGUAGACCAGGUAUUAGUGGUAAAAGACUUGGUAAAUUGACCCAGACUCCACUUUCCCAGCUCCUGUCGUGGGUUUUUAGUACCCAGACCAGAUAGGGUUUAAAAUUCCCCCAAUAAGCUCUGGGUACCUUGAUUGCGAUGGUACUAAAAAAAUUUGCUGAACACAGUUAGGUGCAAACUCUGAAGUUUACAGUAUACAAUUUCAACAUUAACAUUCUGGUGAGCACACAUGCAAUAACCACUUUUCAAGACUGCAAAGUUCAGUACGUAUGUUCUCCCUCCCGAUACUGAUUCCGAUACUUGUGCUGUGGGUAUCGGCUGAUACCGCUUACCGAUCCGAUACUAGUAUGUUAUCAAAAGAAAUAACAUACCAGGCCUGCAUGACUGUAAUAUGAUUAUCAUUGUGGUAAGGUCUGGCUCAGGUUAAACCCUUUGUAAAACACAAAUAAAUACAGCAAAUUUUAAGCCAUUUAUUUUUAAAUAGAACUGGAUAAAAAUUAGCAGAAGCAAUAAUUAUUUUUAAAAAAUAAAGUGCAGCCACAAUGUUUUUAAAUAAAAAGGGAAUUGGAAAAGAACAGAGCUAAUGGAGCUAACCAGUAAAUAAAUUACUAAUUUGAUAAAUUACGUGGUAUCGGAUCGGAAUCAAGCAUUUUUGGUUGUAUCGGAGCAAUUUCUGACACUGGUUUCGGAAUCGGAACAACUCUAGAUCAAAUAGUUGCACAUGUGCAGUCUGUGUAGGCUGUGCAAGUCGAGCAGUUGUAGAAGAAAUCUGAAAAGUUUGUAAAGUUAUUUUAUAAUUGCAAGUUUCUCUGCUAGCUUUAGAGGUCAUUAAAAGUUUACUUUUAUAUUUAUUUAUUUUUUACAAAAGUUCACCAGUUCCUGCGUUUUUUACACUCAGUGGACAAAACAAGCAUCAGAAUGAGUGAAGGAUUUAUUAUCUCACAUUGCACAGCCACCAGUUUAUAAAAUAUUAUCGUCCCGACGUGGUGAAUGGUUUUUUAAUGUGCAGAGACACUAUGUGCCAGUUUUUGUUUGUACUACCUGUCCCCAGUCUAUCCCCCCUCAGCCUGCGGCAGUUGGAGCUCUGAAGCAGUGAGGCAUGUGAGAAGCUCUACAAGUGGCUAUUGAAUGACUGACAGUGAAAUGGAGGCCGGGCCGCCGCUGCCAGCUGGUCCUCCGCUCUGAGGGAAACGUUGACAGCAGAGCAAGGAGUUUAGGUCAGCGGCUCCUCUCAGCUCAGCGAUUAGAGGACGGGAUUUAGUGAGCGGGGAGCUGAGAGGAAUCAAAUAAUGGGAUGUGGAUACCCAGCCAGCCAACCAGCCUGCUUUCUCUGCCAUCACUGUUUGGCAGAAGCCUCCCUGUCUUCCUGAGCUAAAUUUAGAGCGACGCUGAGGGGGUCUCUUCUGGGCCCCUUUCAUUAUUCAUUAGCUGAAAAAGGACCCAGUUCAGUUUUUCCCUUCAGCAGCGAGCAGCAGCUCUGUUUGUGUUUGUCUGCAGUCAUAACCCACAAGAGAUGUAGAGGAGGAAAGACAGGAACAAGAGUCUCUUCUCAGUAUUCAUAUUGUCUGUGAUGAAACAAAAAUCAAUGACGGGGUUUUCUUUACACUUUCCACAGACUGUUAAUGGGAAUUUGGUCACAGCCUUGAGUAAACAUGUUCAUAACUUAAGUAUAGACUGAAGGUUGCUUUAUAAAUUUUGUGUUGGUGCAUGCAAGUUUAAUUUUAGGGUUUGACAAGGAGCCCAUCUUUCUCGAUCAAUAGUCCAACAGCACGACCAAUAGUUUGCAGGCUGCUCAUUUUUAGAUGAUAGCAGCAACAUCCAGUCAUCAGUUAAAACAGAAUCUUAAACUUUGAGCACUGAAACUGUCGGGUAAUGGUAGAAAACUUUUAACACACUUGUUUUUGGAGAGCAGACACACAUAUAUCCCCAUUUUUAAAGAAAGUGUCACUGCACACCUCUGUGAAUAUGAACCAGCUUUGGGUGAUGCCUCUCUGCUCUGUUUUGACAUUAAUAGAAGAACAUUAGCACUAUCUAGUCUGUAAUGAGCUGGUUGUGCAGCCGCUGCAGGCCGAGGGUUGCCCCAGAAACCUCUAGGCGAUGCGUCAGCGCUGCUUCUGGAAUGUUACGGGCCGGUUUCCUCCUAUUGUGACCGGCUUCAGGGACCCCCUCCCCUCUCCUCCCUCCCCACACUUUUCUCCUUUUCCCCCCUCAGAGGUGAAUAGAGGACUCAGAAACUCCAGACAACCCACCCCCCAUUCCCUCCUCACACACUCACACACCAACCCCAACCUUCCUCUGAAUCAGCUUUCAGACAUACACAUUCAGCUGAGAUAAAUCUGUUUUACACACUGUUAGUUUUCUUUUAUAUUAACCGUAUUGUGGCUUUAUUUAAUGUUCAGAACAAAACUCUAGACUUAUUACAGAAUAUGUCACUUAAUAAUGUUAAAACACACCCUAGCACUGAGUGAGACACCCCUCGAGAAAUAAAUGUUGCUGACCGCUUGCUUUUGUAGUUACACCAACUUCAGCAAAGACCGCACGAUAGCAAUAUACAGCGGUCUACGUCUCCAAGUGCAAACCUCAACCAAAACACCACUCUAUAACCACAAAUAAUGCUCAGACGGCCCCUAACUUCAUCAACAGGACAAAUAGGGUCCCAGCCAUAGUACUAGUACCUGGUUUCUUUAGCAAAGAGACCAAACACAGCUCACCCACUCUCCUCAAGCAGCCGUUUGUUUGUGGGGGAGCCCUGACGAGUCGAUCACCAUGAAUGAAAUUUCAUAAGUGAGCACAUGCUACCCCAAAACGGUCCCGAAUAGAGGGACUCAAAAACUCCAUUAGAUGCUAACAUCAGUCAGUUUAAGUACAGAAUGUCCCACAUUAAAUCUGUUUGGAUUCUUCUGAUAUAACUCUCUACUUCCAUGUUUUAUUCUUAUGUUUUUAGGUAUGAGGUUGGAUGUUGUGGUUGUGGUGGCUGAUAUUUGUCUUUUGUGUAUGUGACUGAUGAGGUUUCCUGUUGAUUAAACAAUUCUUUGUCUAACUGUGUCUCCUGACUCUGUUUCUGCAGGCAGACGAAGCCUUUGACGUUUGCUGACUGUAUCGGGGAUGAGCUGCCGGUCGGCUGGGAGGAGGCGUAUGACCCCGUGGUCGGAGCAUACUAUGUCGACCACAACACUAGUAAGUCCAGCGUCCGUCUAUCUUGAAUUUUCAACUCAUCCACCGUGUUUAAGCACUUCCAUUUUGGUUCCUUGCUUAUGUAUUUCCUACUAAAUUUCCCACUGAAACAUAAAUAAGAUGGAAGUAGUUUAUGUGCUGAGGAAAUUGGGAUACUUGGUAAUUUAAGGAGCAGAUUUAUGCAAAGUGGGGGUGUCUAAACAUGGAGCUGUUAACUUGAUAGCUUCAAGAAUUUCUAAAAAGUCCACUGGUUGCACUAAAUUGGGUAUGAAUAAGAAGAUUUUUUAGGGGAGGGGAUUCUUUAGUAUCUGAAGUGUUGAAAGGGCUACAUUUCAGCAUAUUUUCUCCUCAUUCAGAGAGGACCCAGCUGGAGGACCCGCGGGCCCAGUGGCAGCGGGAGCAGGAGGCCAUGCUGCGGGACUACCUGGCCGUGGCCAGCGAUGCCCUCAGCGCCCAGAAGGAGAUCUACCAGGUGAAGGAGCAGAGGCUCCGCCUUGCGCAGCAGGAGUACCGGCAGCUCAAUGAUGCAUGGAGGGACAAGUCCACGUCUCAGACCAGCUGUGAGUGCUGAGAACCAAACUCUGACAUGAUGCAGCAAGUUUUUCCACAUUUAGGAAUUAUGAGGAAAAAUUUUGUGGAGUAAAAUCAACAAAAGAAGUUGGUUUGUCACAGCUCAAGAACUAAACUCAGAACUAAUCUGAAACAAAACAUUUCCCUGCAGUGGCCUCGGCUCCUGGUACUUUCUCUGUCUCCUGUCAUCCCUGACAGGUAUUAAACAUGAAUGAACAGAGAAAGGAUGUCUUUUAACUCUUCUGUCCUCUCUUCUUCUUGUCUUAUCUUUCCUCCAGUGAAUUCCAGAUCGUCCUCAUCCAGCAAGUAUGACCCCGACAUCCUGAAAGCAGAAAUCGCCACGGCAAAAAGUCGGGUAAGAGUUUCCGCUCUUUUUGGCGUCUGAUGGAUUCCAGGACAUCUACUGAACAUGAAGACUUUUACAAAGAUCACAACCCUCGACUGGUUAGACCAACGUUUUUUUCUCUCACCUUUCUUGUCUCAGGUGAACAAACUAAAGCGGGAUCUGGCCUGUAUGAAACAGGAGCUGCUCUACAAAGAACAAGGCUUCGAGACCCUCAAAGAGUGAGUGUUGCAUCCUCAAACUCUUCCUCCUCUCUUUCCUCCUCCUCCUUCAUCUUAAACCCUCUCUGAAGGGCACUAUGACCGGAAUAUUUGUUGACUCUGCGAGCAGAUCCUCAGGCUUUUUGCAGCCACCAGCCUCCUAAUUUAAUGUGACGAGCAGAGCAGGACAGUGAGAAUCUGACGUGAAUAACAAAUGUGUGACCUUCCCUCAGUCUGCGCUCUCUCUCCUUCUGCUCCUGUUUACUGUGAAGAGAGUUUUAGUGCACCGGGCCAUCCCCCUGAAGGUUAAUGGAGUUUUAUAUUGUCAGUUCUAGCCUUUUUUAAGACGUUGAUGAAAUCUUUGGAUUAAUAUAGCUGAACCAGAACUUGAAGUUUUCAAAACCGUGACUCAGGAUCUUCAAGGAGACCCAAGCUUACAUGAGUGAAUGUCAUCUGAUGAACAUUAGGGAUGGACGAUAUGGGCUAAAAAAUGGAUCACGAUAAGAUUUGACAAUCUGGUGAUAAUAAUAGAAGUCUCGAUAAAAAAUAUUAUAAUUUCAAUCUAUGUUUUUGACUCAUUUUGUCGAGAGAACACCGAUUGGAGUCAUCGAAUAAGAUACUUUUCCACAAGUUUUAAUGGUUAUGGAGAAAACUAAUGACAUCAAAUAAGUCUCAAACUCUUAUCGCACAGAGUGAACAGAAGCAGAUCCACUCUCCGAUGAAAGGCAGACCUGAUCGCGCUCAUCUAAGCCCCAAUCUUGAAGGAAAUCUCUUAUUCAGUAACAAACUGCUCAGAAACAUCCUCUUCAUCACCUUCGGCCAUGUUUGUUCGUUAUUCUGCUCUGUGUGGGCUACGGCUGCGAGUUCAUCGCUCUACUUGGAUUUAUCAUUUUUAUCAUGAGAUGGCAAACAUUUAUCAUGGAGGAUUUUGCUGAUGAUUUAUCGUGAACGAUAAUUUAUCGCCCAUCCCUGAUGAACACCAGCUUAAAAAUUCAGAGAUUCAGUCCAAAAUGAGACAAAAAGACAAAGACAAAUAGCUGUGAAAAUAGAAAAACUGUUUGGUAAGAGCGGGUAAAAUGUUUGAAGUAUCUAACUAAAGAAAGAAGAGUCAGCCUCAUGCACACUCCGACUUCAAAUCUGUUUUUGUUCAAGCACAGGUGCACAUGUCGACGGGCAGGUAGUGAAAUAAUUGGGCUGACUCCGCACAGUCUGGGAUAUCAGGUUUAUUCUUCUAUUAAAGCCGGCGUGUUCUUCAUGAAAGGUUCUCUGUUUUGUACAGAGCUGUUAACUGCCUCACUUUUGUCUGUCUUAUCUACAUUCAAGAGUGACACCAGAGGAUGAUAUGUCAUGCAGUAGAGAUGAAACAGUGCAGACUUCUUCCUCUUCUUGCAGCUGGAAUUUGGUCUUUCAAACAGCGUGUGAACGGCAAAAGUUAGUCGAACCCGUGCAGGUCGGUGAGAAUGUCCUUAUCACCUGAGCGAUUGCCUCAGCGGCCUUACUGCACAUUCCGGCGGGUCAUUAAACACAAACACCUCAGCGGAUGCACAAUAAAAGAAACAAAGAGGAAGAAUGUGGAUGUGGAGGGAAACACUCCUUUCUGACCUACUUUGAUUCCUCGGAGGGAGAAGUGAAGGUGUACACCACAGGAAUGUUGUUGUUCUUUAUCUUUGACACUUCUCUGUGAUUUUUCUUUUCUUUCCUUUUUUUUUUUAAAUUCACCACACUGCACCCUCCGUCAUGCCGCUCGGCUGCCGCUGGAUGUGGAAUUGAACAGGAAUGUCCGGUCUGUUUGUCUUGCCUCCUGCGGCGCAGAAAGAGAGAGAGAGUGUCAGAGGAUUAAAGAGUAGCUGAGGCAGAGCGGUCGGACGGCAUUCCUCUCUGACUUUCCUCUCCUGUUACAGUCAUCAGACUGCGUUCAACAACCAAUCAGUGUGUGCAGAUAUAGGGAUAGGCUUUGGGUAGAAUGCCGCUGAACCCUCGGAUCUUGAUAAGAUUUCACUAAGUACUGCCACACGAAAGAAGUCCUUAAAUAAGAAAAGUACAAAAGUAUGCAGACAGUCCUUCAAACUUCACUGUGCUGCUGCCUGCGUCUGUUUUCUUUGUCCCUUUGUUCUAGUAAACUGAGCUAUUCAUGCCACAGCACACAGUCAUAUUCGCACCAAUUGUUCCCAAUAUGAAGGUCAUGUGAUGUUUCACAGAGGUCACGAGAUGAUUAACAGCACAGAGACACUGAAAAAAAUAUGUUCCAUUUUUUUCCUCUUCCUCCAACUUUUUGGGCUUUUUUUGCUCACAUUGCACUGCUCAGUUCAGAACUUAAUAUAAACAAAAGAAUGAAAUAAAUACUGGCACGAUUUUUUAAAAAUGGUUUUGAAACACGGGCAGAAUUACACACAACUGCAUGAAACUACAUCAAAUUAACAUUUGGAUUACAAUUUAAUUACAAUUAUGAAAACCAAGACCAAGAAUUAAGGAAGUAAAAUGUAAAGUCUCUCUCAUUUAUUGAGUAACUGUCACAUCAGUUCCAUGAACAAACAGAUGGGUCAUUCCAAGUUGAGUGUAUUUAGGCUUCUGCAGUGUCCCAUCAUUCACCUGAACAAAUUUCCUUACAUUUAAAGUCGUGUUGUGCCGUCUUGUUAUGGUUAGUAGAGGUUAUAUUUGGAAAAAAAAAGUUAUUCCGUUGUGUAUUUUUACUAAACUACUUACAUGGUUUGACUGGUUACAAACACUGGAUCUCAGCAGCGUUGACACCAAGCAGCUCACACUGGUUUGUUGAACAUUAUAACAGCUCUGGGGCAGCAGUGUCUCAUGAUGGAGUAUGGGUCACCUACAAAUCGGGGGAUUUCCUCGGAUCUUCAGGUCCUUGAUUCGGACGUGUAUCAGAUCACAUUUAGUCCAUAAUAGCUUUCCAGUGAGCCUUGGGUGUUUGCUGGAAAACAUACGAAUAGAGACAGCAACGCAAACCCAGAAGUCAUCGAUGUUUCGGCUUGAAUUAAUGUUUUCUAACAGACAUUCCCACACGAGCGCAGUUAACCCACUCUGUGAAAGUCGUUUCUCAACUUUGGCUCGUUCCUGAAGUUACUGGUCAGCCAAUGAGUUCUGACAUGGCUUCAUUCCAAAUCAUGUGAGUGUUUGUAUGGUUAGAUAAAUGUUUGAUAAAGGCGGUGAAGGGAUUGCACCGUGGUUGCAGACAAAAUGGUGAAGUUGUUAUGUGCAAAACAAUUUAUGUACACACACACACACACACACACACACACACACACACACACACACACACACACACACACAUGUUAAAAUAAUAAUAGUCUAUAUAAUAAGACCAUUAUUUUAACCAGGCUGUAAAGAGUCUUAUUUCUGCUGUUCUAACGGGGGUCCCUUGACUUUUAGAGGCAAGCACAAGUGGACCCUCGAGGAACUGCAGUUUUAUUCCCUUUAGAUGCACGUGCAGUGGAGAUAUAAACACUCCGUUCUGUUUAUUUUAUGAAUUGAAAAGUCAACAUGCAAGUCUGCACCCUCUGUAAAAGUGCAGACAUUUGUUUUUAGACUCUGCAGCAGCUCACCGGAUUUUAAAUUACCUUUGUUGCAUGUUGACACACGCUGUUGUCGACAUCGAGGAAAGCUUAGUCUGCAGUGUUGAUUCUGGUGUUGGCUUCAAAAUGCAUAACAAGUGCCAGAUAUUUAUAGUACCAUUAUCACAUUCAUUGAGUUUUGAACUUCUCAUCCUGUAAAAUCAAAUGAUAUUGAUACAUAUUUCAACUCCAUGGCAAAGAAGUUCACUUAUUUGCAGUCCAGAAUAAUCCAGGAGUGCUUGAUUUGCAUAAUUUAAAGAUUUUAGGGGCUUAGUCAUUUUGCACGUGUGGAGUCCUUUUCCCAACAUGAAAAUGCGAACAGUUAAAGGUGUAGCAGAUGUGACCAAGGGCGGAGGAAUUCUUCAGAAAUUCUACAGGGUAGGAGGAAGCGCAGCUAAAACUGAGAGCAAACCAAAUGCAGCACCUUCCUGCACGUUUGUGCGGAGGUGUGGAGGUUUUCAAGUUCUUCAGAGUGUGACCAGUGAUAACGAUGUGCUGCUUCAGAACUGUGCUUCAUCAGUAUUUGCUUUUCACUGAAAACAAAACAUGACAGUCGAUCUGUUUAGUUUACAUGUUUGAUACAAAGCGUUUGAUAACGAUAUAUUGAGCAGUAUGUAGUAAGUGAUUCACAUGAAGCGCAUUGAAAGAAGACAACCUUUCGUGGUGUUAUAUUUAUGUGAUCAUGGAAUGUGUCAUAUUUGACUUGAACGGGAGGAUGCUUCUUAAGGUUAAAACUGUCGAAGGUCAGAGGUCACACUCAUCAUUAGCCCAAGGAGUGAUGCUAUGUUUGGGUAAAGACCCUUCAGAAAAUAACAGAAAUUUACCCAAAAUCACAUAUUUUCCUCUUGUUAGUAAUGACUAGGAUUAUACCUUGUACUUCAAGGGGAGCACUUCCGAGGAAUGUAAAUUAUGAAGAUGAAUUAGAGUCUCUUUGUGAACCGCUUCAGUGCAGUCAGUGUCUCCGAACCGUCUCUCUUUAUGUCUGUGUCAUUGUGAGGCAGUUAUUGUAAUUUAACAGAAACAGGUUCAUCACAAUGUUUUUUUUUCUCUGUUUAAAAAGACUUCAGAUUACUUGUUCUCUCUCCCUUUUACAGACAAGUGCCUCUCUACCUUCCUCCCUCCCUCGCUCCCUCACUUCCUCAUUCCCUCUGCACCUUGUUCUCUCCCUCUCUCCCUCUCUCUCUCUCUCUCCCUCCCUCCCCCUCGUCCCUCUCUAAAGAAUGUGGAAGGACCUGUUGUUCAGAUGCAUGCAUGACUUGCUGAUGACAGACUUUACAUGGCUGCUUGCUGCCUCUCAUGGCUGGUUCCUGCAGUGUCUCCUCUCCCCGCAGCGAAAUGUUCCAAAAAACAAGAUCUCAUGUUUGCUACCUCCAAGUUACAAGUUGUGCAGACAGUACUUGGUACAAAACAAACUAUUGUUAGAGUAAAGUUACUUUAUUGAGCUCUUUGUGUUUUUUUCAUGAAAAGUUUGAUGAAAAAACAAACAAACAUAUUUUUGACAUAUUUUGGUAAAUGGUUGUCUGAUGUUUACAGGAGAGGAGUAAAAAAAUAAAAGUCCUGAUUUCUCUUUUGAGAAAUCCACAUGCACAUAAAAGAUGUUUUUAUUCUCUAAAACUCUCUGUUCAGUCAUUCUCAUUAACAUUUAUUUUCUACACUACAGCCUGUGGAGGAUUAGAUCCUACUCAUCAUGUCUUUCUUUUAUUCUAGUGAGUGGGACAAAAAUCAAGGAUUUUCUUUUUUUUUUAUUUACUUGAAAAGGCCUUCAAUUUAUUUACUUCAGCUUUUCAACAUUUUUGUUGUGGUAGUGCUGCUUUGACAUUUUUCUUUUUUCACUUCUAACAGGAUGUUGGAAGAUUAUACACACAACAGGGAUUGUUGAUGCCUAUGCAGAUAGUUGCAGUAGAAGGCUGUUUACUUAUAUGAAGUUUGUGCAGCAUUGGCAGACCUGCAGCAAACUCUGUCUCCCAGGCAACUAGUCUCACUUUGUAGCUGCUGUUUUUUAACAGAGCUCGAAAGCAAAAAGAAUAUGAUAAAUAAUCAAUAGCUCUCGUCUAGUCUGGUCAAAACACUAAUUGCAAAAUUCUAGAUGAUAAGACAGAGGAGUAGAAAAGCUCUAUGUCUGUGUAAAUCCAGUAAUUUAGGGUGCUUUUGUCCACUGUCUCAAAACUGGAGAUCUGCUGAAAUGACUCUGUUCAUUGUGACUUUCUAGUCAACAAAAAGGUUUUUUUUUUUCAGGACGCAUUAUAUGGUGACCCAUACUGUUCCUACAAAUAGACCAGUUGGUCCCAUAGACUGUAUAUAGCACGGAUGCUGUCUGUCUCCUCGCUGGGUGAAGCCACUCCGGGAACAGCACACUCUGGUGAUGGGCUACAGUUUAGGUCGUAAAUCCCGCCUCCGCCAGCAAAGCUUAUGGAGCUGUGGUCAAACUUUAGAAAUUUAUUGCACAGAACAUAAAUUUUUCUCCCCUCUGCUUGCGAUGUUGACAUGUAGUUAUUGUCAGACUGGUUUGUGCUCAAGUCCUCUUUUUUCUGUGCAGCUCCGUUUUUAAAAGUUAUUAGGGGGUUCAUGUUUGCUAUGAUUGACACUUGAUACAGCCUAUGGGCGUACGAAGAUCGCGUACAAUAGUACUGCGCAAUGAUGGUUUCAGGAAAUGGAGAAAAAGCGUGGAAUUACCGAGAGCUUUUUGGCUUCAAAUCUGUAUACUGGCAGAAGGCGAAACCAAGUUGUCCAAUGUAAAUACAGUCUAUGGUUGGUCCUCAGUUUUGAACAUUCUGCUGAUCAUAUGCUCUGCACUCACUAUCAUUGUCAUUACUGCGUCUGUGAAGCUGUUAAUCUACAGAGCGUGGAAGCAGAGAACAGACUCAGAAUUAGUCCAGUUAUCUCACUGUGUGAACCCCGCUAUCUUUCUUGUAGAGCUGCAUGAUGUCAGAAAAAUGUGCACUGUGCAAUGAAAUAGCUAGGGCUGUCCUGAUACAACUUUUUUACUUAUGACACGAUACCGAUAUUGUAGCCUUCAAUAUUGGCCGAUACCGAUAUUAAUCCGAUAUUGGCACAAAAUUGCACGUUUUGCACUCAGCUGCAAUGUCUUGUCCGGACUUCAACGAAAAAUACCGCCACACACUCCUACUCCUUGCUUCUUUGUUUGUACCUUAGUACACACUGUUGUUGAAAUGAAGUGGGCUCUGCAUGCUGGAUCAGGACGCUGCUAGAUAAAGGUGCUUGAGCGGAGUCUGGAAUAGACUGCUUGUAUCGGAGUGCUGAUAUCAGAGAUUUUAGAUUUCAGGCCGAUUUAAUCUGAUCUUCAAUUUUUUUUUGCUGAUAUCGGACCAAUAUCCAAUAUCAAUAUCGUUUUGGGACACCCCUAGAAAGAGUAGAAUUUUUCUUUAAGAAUCUGCUUUGUGAUUCUUAGCAUCACUUCAUCUGACAUCAUAAACUGGUGUGAAAACAUUGCUUGUAUGAAAAAGUCCAGAUAAAAUUGAUUGUGCAGCCCUGUUCAUUGAAAGUACGGCUUUAACACAGUAUUGUUUUACCGGCAGCACCACCGUUCUAACUCAGCGCUGUAUCAGAGUUGAAAUGUGGGAGGAGAAUGAAUGAGUAAUGCUGUUUGCCCUUCUCUCUUCGUACGUUUGCAUUAAAGCCAGCUGAGUGACUGCUAGUAAAAACCUGUGGUCACAGUUGGCAGCUUCGCUCCACUCUAAGUGUAACUGUAUGAUAAUGAGUCAGAGUGUUUCUGUAAUGCAUUCAUGCUCGUCUGACCCAGUUCUCUGUGCAAACAUUUUAAGAAAGGAGCUGAUGGAACAAUGACUGAGGUGAUCCGGGGACAUUUUAACAGGCUGAAUGUAUGCUGCAGAAACUCUGCUGUAAAUUCUACCACCGUGAAUCAUCAUCCACUGACCUCCAUUAUCUUUUGUCUCUCUCUUCCCCCCGUCUCUUGUUCUCCAGAAUUGACCAGAAGGUGUCCAACAGCCCGUAUGGAUACAAGCUGCAGGAGGCGCAGGCCAUCCUCAAUGAGGUCCGCUCCAUCCGAGAUGCCAUCAGCUCUGGGGAAAAGGAGAAACAGGAGCUCAUGCAGGUAGAAACACUUCUGUAAUCAAGUGAAGGGCCUCACAGAGAGGGCCUUCUGUGCGACAGGAUCUCAUGAUUUUAUGAAGAAAUGAAGCUUGGAAAAACGUUCUUUAUGUACUUAUACUCAUUACUGCUGCACAUUAAUCAUAUAAAACUUGAAUCUAUCAUUAAAGUAAAUAUCUAUAAACAGAACAAGAAUUACAAAAGCUGUCCUGAUUUUGCAGCAAGCAAAAGGUUAAAAGUUUCCUUAUAGGCCUGUGAUAGGAAGGGAUGAGGAUAAAAAAAGAGAAAUUUAGGAGUAGAAGAAGAUAAAGUCGGAGUAAAACAAGGACAUGAGGCAGAAAGGACAGGACAGACUGUGAGGCAGGCAGAUGAGGGCAUCAGAUGACUCUCAGGAGAGUCUGUGUGGAUGUAAAAACACUUUAUAGUAUUUAUUACUGUAAUAAAAAAAAGGAGCUAGCUGUACUGAAAGAGGUUGAGGUGACCCCGAGGAGCUGAUGCUGCAGGGAGGCAGGUGGCGUUUUAGUGCCGAGCCGCCGCCAAUGAGACGACAAGCUGUCAUGUUCGCUCAGACUGCGACGAGGCUUGUGUAAGCAUCAGUUUAUGGUGAAUUUUCUGGAAACACUUUCUAUGAUGGGAGUAUUCUUCCUUUCAGCUGAGGGGUUUUUAUGUCCUUUGUAGAUUAUAACUGGGUAAGUGGAGGAUUUUAAACCUGCUUUCAUGGACUUUGUAUGUAUCGUAUAAUAUUUGACAUGAUACCGCCUGUGACGCCAUCACUGCUUUUAAUGUUGCAGCAGAUCAGCUACAGUGUCGUCGUUAACUACACUCUAAAGGGUUUCAUCACUUCCUUGAUGAUGCCAAGAUAAUAAGAGUAUCAUAUUUUACUGCAUCAUAUGUACUGGACUGUCUCUUGUGGUGUCUCGUCAUAUUGUAUCCUAACCUAUGGUAUUUGUUGUGUUGCAUGUUGUACUGUUUCGUAAUGAGUCAUUAUUAUCAUUAUGUGUAAUCAUGUUAUGUAGUACCCCACUGCAUCAAGGGUAUCAUAUCCCACUGUAUACAUUUAUGGUAUUUCACCUCAGUGUAUUUCACUGAAGCGUAUGUCAGAUCAUUACAUAUUGUACAAUACCAAAUUAUAUUGUGUUCUGGUGUGCCACAGCAAACUGGAUGAGAGGUAUCUAACCACAUCAUACUAUAUCACACUAGUGUUGUGUUAGGUCCAUAGACUGUAUUAAAAACUGGACAUAGUGUCCCAUUUCUUAUGAAGCAAAGUUUUGAAGCCGAUUGGCAGUGGCCGCCAUAUUGGUAAUGCCAAUUCAACCUAGUUUUGGUCAGCUACAGUGUGGCCACCUGUCAGUCAAGUCGCCUGUGUCUGUGAUUCACCAGCACUGUAACCUUAAUGAUGAACGUGUUGCCAUGAAAAUCCACUCACCAGUACAGUGGGGAGCCAUCCAGAACAAGCUGCUGUAGAUGUUAGUUUUGUUCUAAAAUGGUCUUUUUUGGCUCAGUGUGUAUGUGGUUUGUGGUACAUUGUUUGCAGUACUGCUUCAGCUUCCUUUCUUAAGACUGCAGGUUGUUAUUUGACUGUGUCAGCAUUGUUUCUACAGCGCUGAUCAUUGAUGAACGGAGCUUCUAACAACAGAAAAAUGUAAAGCAACUCUAUCUGAAGAACCUUAGCAUUUAAAACUUCUGCUUAUGAAUCAUUCAGUGUGAACAAUAUUCUGCAUCACAGACCCGAUGAAAGAUUUAAUCCCUCAGUUCAUACAGAACAUGUCUGGCUGUAGAUUUGUUUGGGCUGGUUUUGGUUUGCAGGUAGAGCGAGACAAGUGUGUUUAAUAAUACAUAAUCUACUCUGAGGACAUCCCCCAUCUCUCUCUCUCUCUCUCUGUCUCUCUCUUUCUCUCUCUUUCUCUUCCUGCCUUUCUCCCACCUCUCCUCUUUAUUACCAUCUGCAGCUGACAGCUCAGCCUGAUUGUCAGCGCCACAUUCUGUAUAUACAGCGUGUGUGUCCUUGUUGUCUAUUUGCAUUUUGAAUUAUAUGGUAUAUUUCUUCAAGCUUAACAGCUUAAUGUCACAGAGGAAGACAACUAGGAAAGUAAAGAAAGGUGCAGUGAUGUUACAAAUAGAUCUGAGAAACAGCAGCAGCUUAAAGCUAAAGCAGACAAUAACUUAAUUGAUUGAUGAAUCAACAGAAACACAACACUUUAAAGCAAAGGUAUUGAAUCUUAAAUCUGUAGUUCUGGCAUCUUGCUGUAAGGAUUCUAAGCUUUUCUUAAACUGUCUGUGGGGAUAAUCCAAAAAUCUGAGGUUCUGAGUGUGCAAGUACAAGGUUUUUAAAAUGAACUGCUGCAGAUUUUUUAUUUUGAACAUGUGCAAAGGAGAAAUGAAACUACCAACAAGCAGGCAGACAGAAUAAAUAUACCAUAAUCACAUUUAUAAGUAGACAAAGACGACGCCAAGUUCAGUAUGCACAUCAGAGAUGAAGUGGGAGGAAGUAAACCAGUAUAGUAGAGUAAAAUAGUGUGUUGGAGUUACUAAAAUAUUGUGUGUUUUAUUUAAAAAAAACCACAAAGCUUGUUAUGAACUUCAGUCUAGAUAUACAGUGGUAGAGUAUGUUGUCAUAAUUAACACUGAGCAAAGGCCUGUUAAUAGAACUAGCUCUCAAACCAAUCAGGGUAACUCAGUGCAGUGCUGAUAUGAUGCUGAUAUGAUGUUGGGUGUGUGCAUGUGUGUGAAGUAGUCCAGCAGGUGCCUCAUUAAGUGAAAAUAAGUCUUUACUGACAAGAAAUUUGAGUAAUAAAAAUUCAAACCUCCCAAGGUGAACAGGACGAAAAUAAUCUCAGGAGUCAGUUUAGAUGCAAAAUCUGAUUGAAAUACUGCAGUUGUCAUCAGGAUGAGAUGUUAUUCUUCUGCUCACUCUGAAGAGCAGAGAUAAGCUGGAUUCCUCAGCAGGCUCCAAAAUGAUCUGCAUAGUCAUGUGUGCGAUUUUCAUCAUGUCUAAAUCACCGAUGAGGGCUACACUGCUGCUGCAUCACUGUAGGAAACACAAGUUUAAUUUUCACUCUCUCAUCUUUUGUACAUGCGAUUUCCACAAAAUGACUUUCUCUGAAUCUCGUCCACAAAAGCUGAUGCUAAAAAGUCCCGCCGUAUUUAAUCCAAAUCUUGUUGAAAACCAUAUUUUUUAUUCCCCGGUGUAAGACGGCGAUUUAUUGUUUCUGUGUGUCCUUAAUCACAUCCUAUUUUUACGCUCUGUGGUUUUUAUUCCUGCUGCAGUGUCCCACUUUCUACUCUGCAGUUUGUUCAUGUUUAUCUCUGCUGUCUGUGCAGAAACUGGCCGUGCUGAAGGACGGUUUCCAGCUGGACUCGGGCUCCCAGCAGGAGCUUUGGGGCAGCAGUCCCUCCCUUGCGAACUCUGAGCUGUCCAUCCCUCGACUCUACUCAGACGCCGGCUCCCAGACUGAUAUCCCUGCUGAGGUGGGUCCACGGCAGGGUCUUAUUAUCUUCUCCAAAUGAUCACAAACUUGAAUAAAGCCAACAAGGUCAAAUUAAAGUGACAAAACAUGAUAGCUGUAGUCACUAGAAAAAUAGAAAAAAUAUAUAUAUAUAUUUUUUUUUUUCAACAACUGUUUGAGCCUUAAGUUUUGGUGAUCUAUUAUACAGAGUAUUUAAAGAUGAACAUGUAUUUUUGAAUGACAACACCUUAGAUAUACGUGACCCUUGGUCCCAACAAUAAAAUCUUGUGUUGACAGACAGAGAAUAAAGCCUACAGAACAAGUACUGUCAUUUGUAUUCUUGACUAAUUUUACUGUUCUUUAGUUUAUGUAGGAUUCUGACUGAUGAUUGUUUUUCUGUGUUUGUCCUCAGUUCAUGACGAGCACCAACAAACUGGCCGAGAAAGUUCGUCUGAGUCUGAAGUACGAGGAGGCAAAGAGGAGGUACAACUUUCUUUUAAUCCGUGUUUCAAUGUUAUAUCAUUCGACUCCUUGCUGGGUUUGUUUUGAACCUUGUUUCUGCAGGAGCUGUGCAGACUCAGCGAGUGUGAUCAUUAAAUUGUACUGUGCGCCCUCACAUUUUAGCCGCAGCAUGCAAGCGUCUCAUUAAAAAGCUCGGACAUGCAAAAGUAUUGUAGAAGAAAUGUUAAUAAUAAGGCCGAAAUGGGUUACUACCAUUGAUGAACACUUAGUUAGAGGGCUAGGGGUACAGAAAGCUACAGUCAAGUCAUGUAAACAGCCUGACCGGUUAGUAUUCAGGCCUGCGGGUGACAUUGAAAGAGGCAGACAUCUGGGGUGCGUAAACAAGUCCAAAAAGUUUCCAACUGUGAAACAAAUAUAGAAAGUGAAUCAGAUCAUUGAUAGUCCUGCAAGGUGAGCGAGCACAAUUCAAGAGAGAGAGAGAGAGGUAAACUUUCAGGAAAGACACGAAAUUUAUGUCAAUUGAAAGACAAAUUCAUGAGUUUCAUAAGUUGACGAGUUGAAAUGCACCAAAAUGUAAACAUCGGGUGUUUGAUGCUCCAAAUUUCCUAGAGUAGGAUCCUUAGACCCUUCCAGAGAAAAAUUUGAUUAAAAAAAAGUGGCUUUUUCGUGUAUUUUUAGAUUAAAGUUGUUAUCUAGUAAAGAUGGAGGUUUGAUUCCCUUUAUUGUUAAGAGAGAUGGAUCAAAGUGUGAAUUUUAGCUGGAUCUGUUGACUUUGGUUCCAGUUUACAUUACCAUUUUUGUCAUUCUUCUCUUCUGUCCCCUUAGGAUCGCCACCAUUGAGGUUCAGAUCGCCAAACUGGACAGCGAGGCGUGGCCGGGGCUGCUGGACCCGGAGCGAGACCGCCUGAUCCUGAUCAACGAGAAGGAGGAGCUUCUGAAAGAGCUGCAAUACGUCAGCCCACGCCAACGUCUGGAGCCCAACGACGCCGAGAAGCUGGAGUCUGAGAAGAAACGACUGGAGAGAGACCUGCAGGCUGCCAGAGACAACCAGAGCAAAGCUUUGACCGAGAGGUGGGAGCAGACAUUAUUACUCAACAUCAAAUACCUAAGUUUGUCUUAUAAACUGUGAACUAUCUGUCUGUGAUGAAGCUGUAACAGCAUUCAGCCGGUGUUCAGACAGAGCUUUCUAUCUCUGAGACAUUCAGGAUUAUGUCUGAAACUUCCUGCAGAAAUGUCCUGAUGCUGCUUCACCAGCAGUGAUUUAAAACUUCAGUGAUACUCUGAAAACUGCACAAGUAGAGGAUGGUUGAGCCAAACCAUUCCCCCUUUGAGUUCUCGCAUAAAGUCGGAGUGAAGAGCAGAGUCAUUAAGAAGGUCACACAGCUGAUGACAGCAGCAUGAUGUGUGUAACUGAGGUCCUUAUUGUGUCUUCUCCUGGUGAAACGGCUGACCUUCUUCUGCUGCUGUCUGACACUUUUGACCUUUACAGACGUCAAACCCUCUGAAGAUUAUUAACAGUGAAAGACGAACACGACAGCCAUCGCCCUUGUUCCUCUACUUUACUCCCUCCUCUAUAAACAAAAUUUAAAUUUUAUACCUCAGUUUGUGCUUUCUUAUGUAUUAUUUGUGACAUAUUUCCUUUAAGUUUAGUUUCCUCUAGCAAAUAGUCGCCAAACCAAGAGCAACAAGGAUCCUACAACAACCCCCCCCUCUAAUCUCUCCCUCUCUAACAGGACUCUCGUUGUUUGGUGUUUAGGUCAGACUCUACCUGAGCUCAGUCUCUCUCUUUGUGUCUCAUCUCUUGUUCCUGAAACCUGAGCAGCUGCAGAGCCUGUUCACAAAAGAGACCUCUUGUAGUCCUUCUGCGCUCCUGUACACACACACACACACACACACACACACACACACACACACACACACACACACACACACACACACACACACACACACACACACACACACUCUUAAACACUCAGAGAGGAGAAAUAUGCACACACUCUUUAAUAUCAGUGUUACGAUGUUAAAGCACUCUCUGAAUCAGAGUCCUUGGUUGGCGAUUUCAUUAAUUUUAAAGGGUUGUAAAGAUUCUUCACACCCACACAGGUUAUUAUCAGAGGUUCAGUUAAAACUUCUCUUAAAGUGUAAAGCUUUAAUCGUGGGUUGUAAUCUCUACAGAUUCUGCAUAAAAAUGUAGAUUUCAUACUCUCGAGUGUGCAUGAUCACCUUUGCAGCGUUCUAGUCUUUGCCGGUAGGUAGUAUGUUUGCAGUCCAACCAAUUACCUUUUAGUGGUCUUAGGAGAAUGCGGGAAAAUAAUCCAAACAAUGACAAGCCAGACUUUUUUCAUUUCCCAGAUCUGCAUCAUGAUGUUAUUGCAAAAAUAAAACCUGUUAAUUGAGGAAACAGUUUUCUCCCUGAACUGGGAACUUCUCUACAGAGAAAAAGAAACAAGACAAGAUGAAUCUGAGCGCACCUUUGAUGCCAGCAGCUGUCUGCAAUCUGAUCACAGUCUUCCUCCUCCUUGGCCUGUUUCCAUUCAAACCAUAGCUCCCAGUAACAGCUCUUAAUGGACCAGUUUCCUCUCCAACAAAGCUCGUACCUACAAAUGACACCGCUGUCACCUGAAUACAAAGCGGCCGUUAAUAAUAGCUGAAAACAUCCCAGCCUUAAUGUCAGAUUAGUCAACUCUUUUUCAAGUGCAAACGUCUCCUCUCUACUGUUUGCGAAGAUAAAGGACUGAGCUGAUGUUUUUCAAAGAUAUCGCUUUACGCCUCGAGGUCCUGAACUGACUGAAAAGAUCUCAAACUGUUCUCGAUUUGUUGCAGAUGAAGUUUGUGUUUGUGGUUUCAGGCUGCGACUUCAUUGUAAGAGGAAUAAACUGGUCAGAGAGCUGGAGGAGAUGGUCCGACUCGCCACGUCACUACACACUCAACUGAAAAGGUUGGUACAACUUCAGUUUGCUGGUCAUGUCGUGAAGGACUGUCCAGACUGUCCUAUAGCGUUGUAUCCUAUCUGUUCUAUGUUUGAUGGUAGUGUAUUAAGGCUGCACGAUAUUGGAAAAAAAUAAUAUUGCGAUUUUUUCAACCCUGCGAUAUAUAUUGCGAUAUUAAAAAUACAGUAUUUUCACCAGAUGACCUGAAUAGCACUUAAUGUUAUGCUGCACUGCUGAAAUCUUGAGGACAGUUAAUCUGCUCUGAUCUUACCUCUUUUUGUGAAUGUUAGUAGAACGGCUUCUGUCUGUCUUAGAGAUAUUUUUAGCUUUUAUUGUGCUGGGACGUUAUUGUGGCAACAGAUGAACACAGAAGACGUGUUUUGGUCGACAUCAUCCUUCUUUUAACCGAAAUAAUUCCAGAUAACUGACUUUCCUUUUCUUUUUGGCAACAAAUCUUCAUUUUCGGUGGUUUUCGCUUGUUCGUUGUUCAUUUUGCGAUCGUUGUUGUUGUUGUUGUUAGCGGUGUUGUGCCGAGAAACGCAUGUCCUCCGAAAAUUGCAUGCACCUCGCAAAACGCGCACUGCUUAUAGUAGAGUGGUCCACGGAAAUGUACAAUUUAAAACCCAUACAGUUCUUAUUUGUUGGGCUUAAUAGUCAUGAGUAAAGUUCCGAAAGUAAUUCUCAGCGGACACACGUCUCCCUCCAUGUGCAGAACAUGUGCAGGGGUGGGUUUUCUCCUCCCUGAUUUUGAUUGACAGCUGGCAGGGUAGUCUGAUUGGCAACUGAGAAGUGAGUCUGAUUGGCAACUGAGUUAAGGACGAAGGCGAUUGGUGGAUUGUUGCACAGCACAUGCAGAGUCACAUGGGGUGUAUCUCAGUCGGUUACCCUUGAAAUUAAAUGAGUUCAUUCACCUCCAAUAUCGCAGGCUCUGCGAUGUGACUAUCGCACACACGUACAUCGCGAUGACGAUAGUCAAACGAUAUAUCGUUCAGGCCUAUAGUGUAUUGUGUAUAUCUUAUUAUAACACAGAGUACCUUACUACAACAUAACUUACAGUAACAUAGUAUAUCGUUUAAGAGCACUAAAAUACUCCAUAUAAGGCAAACUUAUUAUGGAAUUGUCCUUUACCUGAACUGUCCAGCCGUUGGUGCUCUUCAUUUUCACCUCCCUAAAAAGUCUUCUCUCCAAGUGAAGGAGUUGAACUAUCUUACAGCCUGAGCCUGAAGGCAAAGCAUCUGAUUUAUUAGUGGAUCUGUGUUCAAACCCUCGUCAGUGAUCAAAAGAAUGAGGAGUGGCCAACACGGCCUUAGAGACGAGGUCAGGAGCUCAGGCUUCUCCUUCUCAUCAAAAGAAGCUUGUCAAGGUGGUCCUGACAUGUUUUGGAUGCCCCCUUGAACACCUCUCUUCAGAGUCCACCUUGGAGGGUACAUCCGGAGUUCAUACCCAGUCCGGCCUGGGAACACCCCAGAAUCCUUCAAGAGGGUCUGAACUUUACAUUAACUAUUCAACACCCCAACUGAAGUGGACAGAAACCCGCCUCUAAGCGUUUGUUGUUUCCAGCUGUGUAGACAGACACACAGACACAGUCUGAGUUUUCUUAGUGUAACAAUAUUCUUCUGUUUGCAAGCUGUCAUAAUGUCACACAAUGAUGUUUUUGUCUUCUCUUGAUAAUAGAGUGUUUUUUCCCCCAAUUACAGCGACUGUAUUGUGUUUCCAGUUGAUAUUCAGCGGCUCUGAUUGUGUUUUAAAAAACAGUCAAACUGAUUUCUGACUAAGUUGUUGAUGACUCACUGCAAAAAGGCUCGCCUUCAGUUUGCAGAUUCAGCCGGCAGCAAGGUUCUGAUGGGAAAAAGGAGAAACAGAAAACUCGACGUCAAAGAAUUGAAACAUUUGCUUUAGUUUGAAGACGUUUUGUUCUGCCUGUCUCUUUAAUCCGGUCAUGAGAUAGAACAGGGAAAAUUCUCAGCCCAGAUUUCAGGACAGCUCUGAGAAUAACAUUUUCAUGAGGUGAUGCAACGCGCCUGUAAGAGCUGCACAUGUUACCGAGUCCUUUAAUGUUUGACAGUGGUGUUUUUGUAAGUUCAACAGUGAUAAUGUGAGGAGUCAACGGUCUUAUGAGCUGUCAGUGCUCUCUGUCUUUGUCUCUGUCUCCUCCGGCUGCUCUCUGUUCCUCUCUCUUCCUCUCUCUCUCAGUUGUCUCGUCACCCCGUCUGUCCUCCAUUCUUUCGAAAAUCAAAUGUCUCCCUGGUGGAUAGGAUCUCCUCUCUGUCUGUCUGUCCUAACGAGUCCUCCUGCUUUAAUUAGAGACAUGUUCACACAGAGGCAGGGCUGUAGACAGAGGAGGACACACCGAAGGGACAAAUAAAUGACUCGACCUCCGCCUGAAAGUUCUGAAAGUAGUCCCUCAGCUCCAAUAUGUAGUUCUGUUCUCACUGUUGUUGGAAACUUUUAAUUGGUUAUAAAUUUGAUCGAUGUUUAGGAUACAUUUCGCCUGCUGCAAUAAAUCUAUGUAACAAAAGAGCUGCAAAACUCCUCAAGCUACUGUUCGCAGAGUUUGAACAUUUUGUUACAGGUUUUUAUGCUUCGUUGAACCUCUGAAACAACCUCAAUAAGGACCUCAAAUAAAGACAACAAAUCGGAGCUUGUUUUUACUCAAGGUCUACAGGGUACUUUAUAGCUUCACUGCAAAAUAAAUUCCCAUCCAGAGAGCCUCUUAACACCAUAAGAGUCCAUUUAAACACCUUAUAGAAGCUAGAAACCAGAAAUCCAUUCAGGAUUCAAACUGAAGCAGAUUGUUUACUCGUUGGAAAAAGCUAAAUUGCCUCAUGUGCAAACAAGCAGGAGUGGAAUAAUAAAAACGAAAGAAGGAGCUUGGAUAGACAAUGAGAUCAGCAGGGCUUGUUUUCAGUUAAAAGUCAAGUCAAGGCUGGUGUUAUGUUACAAAUAGCAUAUUAGAUUCAUUAGGGGUGGGAAUCAUCACAAUAAGAUAUGAUCACCGUACUUGGGCCACGAUAUGAAAUUAUCACGAUUUUGAACAUUUUGCGAUACAGUGAGUACUGUGAUACAAUAUAUUGAGAUUUAUACAAUUUUUCAACUGUUCAGCUGAUUUAGCAUUUUUCUUCCCUUUAUGUUUGUCUUAUUUACACUGUAUUUUAUUUUCAUGUAGCACAUCUAUAUAUAUAUAUUCGCUGCACUAACUUUCUCCUGCUCUAUGAUGUCACCUCUGCCAACCUCACUGGACAAACAGUUGAUUUUAUUUUUCCAUUAUCAUAGAUUUGACUUAAUGGAAGCAAUUAAUUUGAAAAAUCGAUACUUAGAAAAUGGGAGAAAAUGAUAUAUCACCAGACAAAAUAUCGCAAUACUAUGCUGUAUCGAUUUUUCUCCCACCCCUGAGAUUCAUAAAUUAAAAUAUUUUAUAGCUUGUAAAAUAUUCUAAAGAGCCGGUUUGAGCUGGCUUGACAUCUGGAACUUUUUAAUUCAUUUUCUCCAGAGAAGGUUGGCAUCCACAGCUAACUGGAGCUGAUUGUACAGACAACCAAUCAGAUUGAUGCAGCAUGUGACAUAGUGCUGAACAGCUGAAGUGUAAACAGGCUGAGGACACAAACGCACUUUGAUGAAUGCUAAUUCUGAGUUUUAUGAAGACUGUCCUGAAAUCAAAAUCAUACUUGUCUUUCUUUUUGUGUCUCUCUCAUCAUCAGCCUGUCUGCCAGCACUCUGUCCUGUUCAUCUGGCAGCAGUCGAGGAUCUCUGACCUCAAGCCGCGGCUCUCUGGCCACCACCUCUAGCCUGGGCUCCACCUCCUCGCUCAGCUUCACAGACCUCUACCUGGAGCAGCCCGAGCUGGCCGACCCGGACUUCCAGAACAAGCUGGACAGCCUCCUGCAGGAGGGAGGCCAAGGAGGCUACCGACCCUCCAGCUCCAUCACCACCAUCCACGAACACGAGGUGGUGACGGGCAGCAGGGGGAGAGACUCUGGGAGGCCUGAGGGGAGAGCGGGUGAUACUGCUGGAGGAGGUGCAGGGGGAGGAGGUGUUGGAGUGGAGUCGGGGUCAUCCAGGAUCCAAGCCCUUAGACUGUCAGAGACCCCUCGCUCCAUGAGCUCCCUUUCCCCACGCUCCUCUCUGUCCUCGCUGUCCCCGCCCUGCUCGCCACUCGUCACAGACACUAGUUUCCUGUCGGGAGAAACAUUCGCAGGUCAGACUGGACCUGGAGGGUUGAGCCUAGACUUGGAGCUCCACAGCAGGCUAGCAGAGCUGGAGCUCAGCCUGGACUCUCAGGAUGUGCGCCAGGGGGAGCACAGGGGUCACAGGGGGCUGGAGGAGAAGCAGAACCACAACAUGACGCUGGGUGAAGAGGUCAAAGGUAAAUAUGGCGCUGUUAUUCUUUUUAUUGUAUGUCUUUUUUCACUCAGAAGAAAAACAAAUUAUUUCAGACAAAUAACACUCAAGGCAGAAAGAGACGUGGGGUAAUGAUUAUAAUCAUAAAAGGAGGAGAUACUUUGAUCAUGAGACUGGAAUUGCGCACAGGGGCAUUUUCAUGUUAAAAGCAGCGCAGGGACAAACACAAAACUGCUGCUCCAAUUUUCAAAGAUGAAAAAAUGUGAUUGUGUGAUGAAACGGUGGAAAACCCCUGACUGGAAACAGAGAAAGUCCCAAACCACAUGCACUCAAAAGAAUGUGGAAAAGCUGUGGGGGUGUUAUUUAUUUUUGGGUUCUUCAGACAAACUCCACAACAAAGUGGCCCACACUGAUAAAUGAUAAAGUCAUGUUGAAAUGCCACUGCUGAAGAAAGCUGCAGAUAUAAAUAAUCAAAAUUUGAGUGUGCAUUAUUGAGCAGCUAACAUUGUCGUGUCGCAGACAGAAGUUCAAAACGCUCAAACGUUUGACUGCAUUACGACAGUGAAUCAAGUCUCAUCUCUGCAGCAGUAAAACUGUGUUUGCAUAAUGACUGAGGAGGGCUGCAGGUUAAUGACUCGUAUGAUAAUUCUCAUAAAUAACACGAUAAUCAUGAUGUACAACCAGCAGUUUAAUGAACAGCAACAACAGAGUCAGUGCUGAUGUAACACCUCUGUCUGUGUUACUCUAGACAGCGUACGAUACACUUCAGCUUUAUUGGAAAGCAGGAACCCCCCACCCUACCCAGCCCCCUCGCUCUGUGUGUGUGUGAGAGAUGAUAUACUGUGUGUGAAACCUGAUUGCUGUUGAAGGUGAUGAGGAGAGGGGAGGUGAAGAAAGAGGAUGGUGUUGGAUUACAGACGCUAGGUCAUCUGUGUGCUGUUUGAACUGUUUAAAUGCAUUUCUAUGACAAUUCAGACAGUAAUGGGCUGGUCAUUGUUCCAGUUUGGUCCGUUCUCUUAAAGGAAACAGAUUUAUUAAUAUAUAAUAAAUUAAAAUGUAGUUAUCCAAAUCAUUUAUUAGUGAUGUAUUGGGUUUAUUAUCACUGUAAGUAUGACAGAAAGAAUUAUUAAAGUGUGCUGAAGUAUGGGUGAAUUUCUUUCCUGCAGUGAACCCAAACCCGUGCAUGAACACAAGUUUAUAUUUCCUGUCCUAUCAAAAUAAAAGCAAAGAGCCCCUCAAAAAUUUAUCUUAACAUAUACACACGUUUUCUCAUCCUGGAUUUAUGCAGAAUAUUGUUGGUAUGGUGUCAGUAUCAGCUAAUUAAAGCUCCAGUUCUGCCAGUAUGUAUAGCCGGUGGGUUAAUGCAUCAAUUAUUAAGCCCAUUUUAAGUAUUUUAAGUGUCAGACACAGACAGCAAAAUAGUUACUUGUAAUGCUUGUGAAGCACAAUUCACGUAAGGAUGAGCAAAACAACACUUCCUUGAGACUACAGAUUAAAUUGUGCAUCUAAAGAUGAAUCAAAAAACUUUGAAAAGUUAGGAAAAAACCUGUUCAUUUAAAAUUUACGGUAGAUUUAAUGUGGUUUUUCUUUUUUUAUGUCUGUUUCUAAAACGAAUUCUCUUUCACAAUAAGAGUAACAGGAAGAUUCUAGUGCAGCAGAGACUUAAAGAAGCAUCAAUGCCAGUUUCCUUACGAGUCACUCGGCUGUUUUUGAAUACUUGAUUCUGAUAGGAUGAUACAGAGGAAGUUUGCAGAUUAUUAUUUCUAUCAGGCCUGAAAUUGAGACCCAAUCGUAGUAAGUGUCAGCAGCAGUCUGAAGCAGCUUUUGAGCUCACUGGAGCUGAACCGGACUCAGGUUGCAGCUUCAGGUGAAAGGUGGACGACUCGGUGUCUGGUUUCUUGUUCACUCUCCAUCCCUGCUGCCAGAGCUGGACGUGUUACAGACUCUCUGCAGGGCUGUCUGCUGCCUGUGGGAGCAGACAGCCCUCCUAUAGACAAGAAAGGCAGAAUUUGGAUCAACACAGAAUCCUGGCAUGUAUGAGCCAACAGGGGAAAUGAAUGUUUGAAUAAGAUUUAUAUAUACAUGUUUGUCAGUAGCAGUAUGCCAAAAAAAGGGAACAUGGAUGACGUGCUGCUGUAUGUCUACCCACAUCCAGUCAAAGUUUGCAGUAUGUAGGCCUGCAUGCUAUUUCAGCUCUCCAGCCCACAUUCUGUGACUUAGACCGGUGAGUUUAGUCAAAUCUUUGCAGAGACAUUUCUUCAAGGUGAAGAAUGAGUUUAGAGAAAGAGGGAGAGGAUAGCCCAAUGUGCCCGGCUCCAAGCAGCAUAAUUAAGGCACUUUUAGAAAGGGGGUGUCCACCUCCUGGACCCUGGCUGGUAGGUGAUUUCAGAAGAGAGGGGGUUGAGAUCUGAAGGCUCCCCCUCCCAUAAUACUUUUGGAGGCUUUUAAGAGCCACAAGCACGUCUCAGCAGAGACUCAAAGGUGCUCUCUGUUUUUGUGCAAAUCUAUUUGAUUUAAUCUCCUCUGCUGUCCUCAGCUUUUAUUUCUAUACUCCAUUUCCUCUCUUCAUUCUUCAGCUCAAGGUCGUUCUGCUAUAACCCGUGAAACUCUUUCAAAAGGCCGAGAAUCAAAAACAUUCACACACAAAAAAAAAUGUUAUGUGUGUGAUACUUCAGUGUCUUCCAUUGAAGAGGUCAGAUACUAAGUGUUCCUUCAAUGUGAUGAUAUUUGACAUGUUUUGACUGCUUUGAUUUGACUCUUGGGUAAUUAAAACCAGAAUCAGGCACUCUUCUCUUCUCUUCUCUUCUCUUCUCUUCUCUUCUCUUCAAGGUGUUUAUUUUCUUUCGCUCGUUUUUCAAGCACCAGAGCAGCUCAAGGUUUUCUCCGAGCGUGUAAGAUGUGGAGCAGUUUUGACGCACGUUGACAAAAAGCCACACUCCCACACAAACCGUACAUAUGAUUUUAACCGUGGCUCACAUAAUCUGAUUUUCCAGCUUAUUUGAUCUGUUUAAAUCCUCUGAUCUCACUGACUCUUUCUGCCAUGUCUGAUUUUUGUAAUUAUGAGAUAAUAAAGGGCUCAUUUCAUGUUUCUGUGAUGUUCAAAUGCCAUGAAGAUGCUGAAUCAAAUUGACGGAUGUUUUAGUUUCAUGAACUCCUGAAGUAGAAUAACUGCGGUUGAAGGUUUGAGAGAAUACUGUUGAAGCCGAGUGAGUUCUAUUUUCAGUGGUGGAUGAAUACAUACUGGUCUCUAUAUUCACAGCUGCUUUUGGUCCCUUUACUGCCUCUCCUUUUUCCCCUUUUUGUAUAAUAUCAUAAACAGAUAUGAUCAACAGUGAAGAAUUAUUUAUACUAAAGAUUUUAGCCUUCUUCUCUUUUCCUCAGACUCAGCCCCACAGCUGCGAGGAACAGGGGCGGGGCCAAAGAAGAUCGGCGUGACCUCAGCGGUUUCUGACGAGUCAGUGGCUGGUGACAGCGGCGUGUACGAGCCCUCAGAGCGCCGGUAUCUAAGAGUCUUAUAACCUAUGAGAAAUAACAUCGGAUUGAACUCUGCAUGACUUAAAAUAAUAAUAAUACAUCUUAUUUAUAAGCGCCUUUAUGGACACUCAAGGUCACUUUACAGAGUAAGAACAGUAGCGUAAAACAACGAGAUAAGAGCAAUAGAGUUAAAAAAAUAAUACAAAACAAACAAAAAAAAAAAAAAAAUAUAUAUAUAUAUAUAUAUAUAUAUAAAUAAACAAAAUAUGACAAGGUAAAUUACAAGGAGUGGGCUAAUCUGUUAUAUCUGUGUCUGUUUUAAUAGAGGUCUUAUGAUGCUUUUCUCAGUCUUAAAUAUCUAAAAUAAACAUGUGGUCCUCUUAGCAUUCAUCUUUGUAUCCCACUCAGUAGUAAUUGCCUCUCGUGUGUGUGUGUCUUCUCCAGGCAGGGCCUCCCUGCAGACCUCCUCUUGGGCUCCUAUGAGGAGCGGCUGGCACUCUGCUGCUCUCAGGUUCAGCUCGGUUUCCGCUACGAGUCCAGAGACCAACGCUUCACCGUCUACGUCAUGCAGCUGUCGAACUGCAGCACCCUCUGUCUGCCAGCUGACCAGAAAAUGUCAGUCUCCUUUGGUUUUCUUUUGUUUCUCAGAUGUUUAUCGAGUAAUUAGAGGAAAACAAGCUUGUAAAAAGGCUCACAAAGCUACUAUUAACAAGUAGUUUAGUAUGUAUUCUAAUGACAGACGAGAAAACACAGUGGCAGUAAACACUCAGACUAUACGGAGACUAUUUAUCACUUUGUCCUCGUGUUUGGGUAACAGAGCAAAGCCUCCUGAAGAGUUUACUUUGUCCUCAGGCGUGUCUUGUUUGUGACUCUGCAGUCACUGUUUGCUCAUGUAGAUGUGACUCUGAGGGAGGAUGUUUUAUCAAGUGCUCUCUGUGUGUUUACAAGAAGUGGUGCUCUGUGCUGCUCAAAAAAAGUGUGAAUAAUGACAUUUACCCGAGUCCCUGUUUGGAAAUUGAACUGUACGGGAGUGUGGAUGCAUUUGCAUGCACCUUUGGUGUCAGCAUCCUUGUUUAAAGCGACAUUAAAGUUGCAUUCAAAGCAGACGUGUUGAAAACCUGCAUCAUGUGACCGAAGCUUUUACUCGUGUGUCCCGCAGGUAUGUGCGUGUAGCGGUGCUACCCUGCGUGGAGACGACAUGCUGCCUCUUCCGAACACGCAGCUCUUUGCCUCAGGAAGUCGUGGAGAUAAACGAAGUGUUCGGCAUGCAGAUAUCCCACAGUGCAUUGCGGCAGAAGACGCUGAGGGUCGAUGUCUGCAACACCAGCAAGUCCGGCCAUGAGGACUGUUUGGUGAGCGGAAGUCUAAUUUCUUCUUUUACAACCGUGGUGCAGGGAUUAAUCUUUGCUUUUUUCAAACUGUGUAAAUCCAAAAUCUGAUUUUAUUCAUGUUUUAUGGUGAGAGGAUCGCAAGUCCUUCAAAAUAACAUGCAAAUGUUUUGCAUAAAAAACAAACCUCGAUAACUUUUGAGUUUAUUUCCUAAUUUGAGUAAAAUCUGUUGAUUUAUUUUCAUGCGUCACAAAAACUCAUAGUGGUCCAGCGAGGGGAGUAGAAUAAAACAGACCCUUAAAAAUGACCCCCUCAGAUUAGCUUCCAGAAGCUUUUGGAAGAGGGCCCGCACAUUUAUUGGUGAUAAACAUAAAGCAUAAAUCCCACACUGAGAGGAGAUUGAAUCAGAGGACAUCUCAAAGGCACUCUCUGUUUCUGUUGUGACAGCAGUGUGAUAUAAACACAAAAACCUAUAUGUCUGUGAGAAACUCGCUGAAUAAACCCCUCUUACUCUGCAGACUAAAUUCCAGAUUGGAUAAAAAUGAUGCCGAAAGGUUAAGGAAACAGAUUGUAAUGGUUUGUAAAUCGUUUAAAGUCUAUUUUUGAUUGAAAUCACUGCGUAGACAAUAUGCCGAAUGUUUCAACCGCAAAAUGUCAUCGAUUUGUGGAAAAUGUAAAGUUGAUGCCAGCGACAUGUUUCAAAAAGUUCAAAAUAGGGACAAUAAAACACUCGUCAGAGAGUCCGGGUGCUACAGUGGCCUUCCUGACCCAUUAAAGAUAUUUGACAUGAACACAUAUGAUGGGGACUCUGAAAUGUUCAGUACCUGAAAUCCCUCGCCAGACAAGAAUGAUACAACAUCUCGCUUUUACGCCUCCUGAAACUGGUCCACUUGGUUCCUGAACAUUGACAGAAGAAAACAUGCCACCACAUGAUCGUACACAGACCACCGGCCCCAACUUUCUAAAAAUCUGGAGCUUGUGUCACAUUUUGAAUGAGAACGUUCACGUUUCAGAAAUAUUUUCAGCUUCAACACUUUGUUUGUCGUCUGUGUCACAUUUUCUUGACAAAUUAAGUCUUUAAACGAUUUUUCUAAACCAUGAAAUUUAAAGGAGCAAAUAUUUGACUGCAAAGAUGUGUCGUAUUGAAUCCAACACUAAGAUAAGCGAUGGAGUCAUACUGAUUAGUCAAUAUGUGUUAUUAUAAACUGUGACAUAACUACGACUAAACUCUGUGAACUCUGUGUUUAUUACUCUUAGUUAACUUAUAAAAGGUGACUAGAUGUACCGGUUAAACGUUACCUGUCACAGCCCGACGUCGUGAUUUGUGCUCUUCAGUGGCGCCCCGCUGAAUGUCUGAAUGACGUAAAUCUGCUCAGUUUAACUCUUGAGGGGUCAAAGAGGCUCUCAAAUAAACAUCACAUCCUGAUCAUGGUUAUUUAUCCUGGUUGUAGAGUUCCUAUAUUUAAAACAACAGAAACAUGGGAACACAAAGCAUCAUGGGAAACUAAAAUGAUUUCCAAGACUGCUUCUUGAAAAGUGAUUUCCGCUGUAUUCCAGGUAUUCCCUCUGUUUAAAUCUGCUAACAUCCCUGAAUCCUCUCCUUCUCCCAGGCGGGCUCUCAGAUCAGCCUGGCUGACGUCAGCUGCUCAGAAGAGAGAUGCACCAAGUGGUACAACCUGCUGAGUCGAGCCUACAUGCCUGAAAUCUCGAACAAGGACAAAGAGAGACGAGCAGCCGGCAGCUCUGACAGGGUACAGAGGGAUAGUCUGAUUUCUUCACUGUUGAAAAAAGGAACGCCGAGAGGCUGCAGCUGCUUUUUUAAAGAGUGUGGUUUCUUCAUUUUUGGAAAAAUUAAAGUUCAAAAGAUUUUUUGCUUAACUGAAAAUUAUUAGGUGAUAAAAGCCUGUUGAGUUUCAACCUUUACUCGGUUAAUGGGUUGAAUGUAUUAGGUUUGUAGUAGAAAACACAUCCACAGGUUAAUGCUUUCACAGGUCUAGAAGUAUCAGAUUCUUUUGGUGUAUAUUUGAACCAUGUGGUAUGAUUUAUAUGGAGAGAAGGAGGAGACCAAACAGUUGAACACGUGGAAAAAAAAGUCAUGUUAUAACAGUUUUGAAUUAAAAGGUGUCCAUCUUGUUUGUUUCAGACUCCGGUGAUUUCUGGUGUUUCUGGAGGCAGAGUUCCUGAAGACAACGAGUGGUGAGUGAUUCUGCUUCCCAAACUUUUCCAUCAAUAACAGAAGACAAACUGUUUGAACUACGUAUUGUUGGAUUUACUCAAUGCCUUAAGUCCACUUUCAGAGCCGUUUCAGAUGAUCAAGUCUAAACUCUCAGGUUUGAAACUUCUGAAGAAGAAAAUAAACAUAGUGCGAUAGUUUGCUUUGCAGGGAAUUAGGAUCAUCUUUACAAUACAGCGUUGUUGUCAAAUCACCGAACCUUUUGUCUUCAGGGAGGUUGCUCUAGAUAUUUUGCUCAGCUGUGGGCUGAGAGAACAACUUCAUUUCUUUUUUUUUAUAUGUGUGAUUUAAAAAAGGAAAAUAACAAAAAAAAAAAAAUUUGAAUUUAUCAGAAUUAUAGGUAACCAGAGGCAAACAUUGCUAACAGUGAUUUAACCAACACUCCUGGUAACUUAGGCUUACAUCUCACUAACUUUUCUGGGUGAGCCUGGUCAGAUCCCUUGUGUUCAUCAAUAGUUCUUAAACAUAUCCACAAUGUUUGCACAGCUUCUCACUGCAGUUUCUGUGAUUUUUUAAAUUUAUUUAUUUAUUUAUGUUUUUUUAUGGCAAAAUGCAGGAUUUGUGGCGUCUCUUCUGUUCGCUGAACAGAACUGCAUGUUUAAACACAUACUGGCCCUCUCUCUGAACAGAAUCAAUGAUCUAGACCUCAUAUACGUUAUAAGGGAAAAACCAACAUAAACAUUCAUAAUCUUUGUCAAUAAAAACAUUCAAUCCUCCUUUCCAUCCUGUGAGUCCUAAGCUCAAGUCCAAGUAUUAUUACUGCUGAGUCAAGUUGUUCUGGUGUCAUUGUGAACCGGAACAGGCACUCAAAGUACGUCAUCUCUGUGUUCACUCUUCAGGCACGGCGAACUUUUGGAGGGAGACAUAUUUGAUGAUGAAGAAGGAAAUGGUGAGGAAGGUGAGGGCGGUCUGGAGGAGGAGGAAGAGGGAUUUUAUCCGGAUGGCAGCCAGUGGGAGGAAGAGGAUGAGGAGGAGGAGAAGAUGACGAAACCUCCUCAUCUGGCACCAGCAGCUUCAACAGCAACAAUCACAGAAAAGGUAAUGUCGAUAUUGGGCUUGUUUCUCUCUCUAAAGGAAUCAGAAAGAAAUGUGGAGAAAAGAAAUCUUGUUUUCUCAAAAAGCUGCAACUCAGAAAAAUAUCCAUGACAGAGAUGAUACAGGCGGCAAAGAGACAAACUUCAACAGCAGCUUGAGAAGGAAAAAACGUCUUUAUUUGUGACUGUAGAAUCACCUUUGUUUGAGAUAAGGUUAUUUUUGUGUCAUAAGCUAGUUUUAGGAAUUUAAAAUCUUUACUUCAGUCUUUCUCUCUCUCAUAUGUUGAUGUAACUUUCCCUAAUUUAAAAAAACCUCUCGACUUUAACCAUGAAAUUUUUAGGUGAUUACUGUUCUUUGUUUUCUAUCCAGGUGAACAAGGAGACGAGCACGGACAGCUCCUCGUCGUCCCACCACCACUCGGUGGUCCGGCCGAAGGAACGCCGCCCGGACGUUCGGCAGCAGAACCCGUUCAUGAGAGGGAACACCAUCAUCCGCUCCAAGACCUUCUCCCCUGGACCUCAGAGCCAGUACAUCUGCAGGGUAACCAACACCAACUGAAAACACACGAAGAGAAGAGAUGUCUCGUCUCUUGUCGACAGAUCCCGCAUAACUUUCUGUUCUGUUUCUGUUUUUCUAGAUAAACCGCAGUGACAGCGACAGCUCCACGCUCUCCAAGAAGUCUCCGUUUGUCAGGAACGCCUCGGAAAGACGCAGCAUGCGCAUGAAGAAGGUAACACUCCUGUCUCUGUCCUGUCACUCCUGUGAAAGCUGACACAUAUUUAGUGUUGUUAACAUUUUCACCGUUACAGAUCGGGCUCAGAAGUGAGUGUGUACAAAAACAAGAUGAACUCUCCUGGCAUUAAAGCAGCAGGGGUGUUACAAACUAAAAUAAUUGGCAGCCGAGUUUCCGUCAGUCUGCCCCAGGGCAGCUGUGACUUCUGAGGUAGUUCCAAUGUAAAGCGCUUUAUAAAAUCUGAUGCAUUAUAAUUAUUAUUAAUACUCACAUAUAGAAGUAUAGAACUGUCACCCACUCAACUCAACCUUUUAGAGAUGCAGUUUUCACUCUGAUUGACUCACUUUAUACACACAGCAGUGUGUCCUUCUUCACCUUUCCUGCGUCUUGGUUCUCUGUAUGUCUGAUUACGCUGCCCCCAGGACUCAUUAAUGAUGCAGCAUUUCACACCAGUCCAAUAGUAAGAAAGCAGCUGCGCAUACAUUUUAAAACAGCAGCAUGAAAGAAGCCGUAUUUAACCUGUGAUAGCAGAAAAAAGAACUCUCUUACUCAUUCUCUCUGUGUGUCUCUCUUUCUAAUCUCUCUGAUCACCUGCAGCCUGUCGGUACAGUAUCAUCGACUGUAUGUGCAGAACACACUGCAGUCAUUAAAAGGGAACAACCCACAAAGUGACUUGACUUUUCAGAAUAAAUCCAGAUACAAAAAAGGAAAGGGUAAAAACAAAGCAGAGGAUGAAAAGAGUUUAGCGUGACUUCCCCUCUGCAGUAGAGACUCUGUGGCAGAUUUUACUGCCGGUCUGUAAAUUAAUAGAUAGUGGGAAAUGUCAGAGCUGCAUUAAAGAUUCAGAUGCUUAUUAAAUAUUAAGAGUCACUUCACUGGGAGUUGUCGGGCAGCUUUAAGACUCAAUCAAAUGCAAACAGGCUCUCCGUCUGCGUCUCCGGAGGAAGGAGACGACGGUGAAAUGAGCAGGUUUCACUUAUCUGUUGUAAAUUGUCAAGAUGCCAAGAAGUGGAGAGAUGACAUAUUCUCUGCAGCGAUUAUGGAGGCAGAGAUGUCAGAAUAAAUGAGGCUGAAACUCUUAAAGCGUACAAAGAUAGUCUGUAUCUCAGACACCAGUAGACUGACACACAUCUGCUUAUUUAAUACUUAAGAGUCAUCAGUUUCGUACUCCAGUAAACACAUUUAAACAAAAUCUCUUUAUUUGAGCUCCUUUGAAGACAACAAACCUGAUUUUGACAACGCGUCUUUGUGACGUGCCAGUCAAUGUCUUCGAACAUGAAAUGCUAUUUUGGGAAGAGCUUCACUUUCACACAGUUUCAGCAUCUUCUUUCUUGUAAAGUUGAAUCUGGGAGGAAAAUAAUGAGGAUGAGCUCUCAGAGUCGCAGAGAUAGUUUUUUAAAGUUAUAUUGCAGUAGCAACUUUUACUCCUGACCAUGAAUAAAAUCCAUCUGAGUUUGUGAUGAGAAAAAAACAUCCAGAACUCUAGCUAUAUUUUUGGACUGGGUCCUGUUUAGGAUGGGCUGAGGUGAAACAGGAUUGUCUAAAGCACACUGAGGGAACAUUUCUGCUUUUGCCUCAUAGUCGAACACUGAAGGUUGCUGUCUGAGAGAAAGAGUUCUGUCAGGUGUACUGUAGAUUUACUUUUGGAGGUAAUGUUACAAAACAUCACUCAGGAGUGGGAAUGUAUGUGUUCAGUCAAUUAAAGGAUUAAACCUCAUCACCCUCUAAGUCGGCGCCAGAAUUAGUAGACUGUUAACAAGUUAAUAUUUGCAUUAUUGUAGACUUGCAAGACUGGUCGGCUUAUGGGAGUUUAAAUUUCUGUUUGAAUGACAGCUGUGGCAGUCGCUUCAAAACAUGCUAAUGCAGGACCACGGGAAAGUUGUUCUGAAUCUUCAAAAUGAUCUACAGAUAUCACAGACACAAUGACACCCACUGAGUCCACAUCUUCUCAGUAUCAGCUCUCUCUUACGUGUCACGCUGAACUUAGAUAACAGAGUGAAGUUUAUAAGUCAGGAAAAUAGACCUGCUGAUCACAUAAUCAGGUUGAUAUGCUGUUACGCAAGAGAGACAGUAAAACAACUGGAAUGUCCUCGGUUGUCAUAUUGACAUUUAAUGUGUGUUGAUGGAUUUACGGCGUUAACUCUUGCAUUUAAUAACAGGCGAGAAAAUAUUCUGACUCAGAAACUGUCGGUAGUCGUAAAGCUCGGAAAACAACCCCUGCAUGAACUGAAAAGUGCGCAUAAAGCAACUGUCAUGUUUGAUUGUGUGCUUAGUGAUACUCGAAUGACGUUCGUAAACACCAGAGAGAGAGAUUACUCUACCUUAAAAACAGGUGCAACUCAGCCAUCAUGUACACUCUGCUGAUGGAACAAACAGCUUUUCAUCUUAAGAUAGAAAUAUGGAUCAAUCAAUCAAUCAAUCAAUCAGACUUUAUUAGUAUAGCACUUUCCAUACAGUAAGACGUUGCGGAAAGUGCUUCACAGAAAAUCAUUAAAAUCAUAAAAAAAAACAUGGUGUUUAUAAAAAAUAAACAAGUUAAAAAUAAAGAAGCAAAUAAUAAUAAUGAUGAUGAUCAUAAUAAUAAUGAUAAUAAUAAUAAUAAUGAAAAAUAAAAAAAUAAAAAAAUAUAGUAAUUAUAAUAAUAGUAGUAGUAGUAGUAGUAGUAUUAUAAAAAAUAAUAAUAAUACAUCCACAUAUAGAUGUGUGUGUAUACGCAAAGUACAAAUAACUAAAUGAAUGAAAUUUCAACAGCACAAAAUGACCUGAGGAAGUUAGGUAACACUAUCCUAAGAUCAUCAUGCGGAAAGACCAGAGGUAAGAUUAAAAUGUUAAAAUUCAGAAUAGAGGAUUAAGAAAAUAGAUAAAUAAAAUAUCAUAAUAAAUACAAUAAUAAAACGCUAAAACCUACAUGAACACUAAAAACAUACCAAAUACCAGGAGGAGAAUAAAAGAAAGUCUGAAAAAAAUAUAUAACAGAAUAAGAGUAGGAUAAGAAUUGAUAUGAAAAAAAAAAAUUUGAUAUGAAAUAUUAAAUGGAUGAAAGGAAGCAGAGUCUUACUCGUGUUUAUAAAUCAAAAAACUAAUCCUGAUCACAAUCCCUGUCCUCCCUCAGCCUCCCUUGCAGGUCAAAGGUCUGGAUGGUCUGCUGCGGACCUCCUUGGACCUAGAGCUGGACCUGCAGGUGUCUCGGACGCGACAGGCCCGGCUGGAUCAGGAGCUGAAGGUGCUGAGGGAGCUGAAGACACAGCUGGAGAAGGCGAGGCAGCAGGGCCAGAGAGAGCUGCCAACCUGGGUCCAAGAAGAUGAACGCUUCCGCUUAUUGCUGAAGCAGGCUGAAAAACAGGUGAGUGAACAUCCGAGUGUUAAAACGAAGGUGCUCAGACCUGAUUACGACUUCAUUCAGGUGUUUCAGUGCUGAGCUCGUGAGCUUCAAACCUCCAGAGAGCAAUUAAAACCGAGCUAAUCUGAGCGCCUGUGUCUCCUGUCCAGACCCGGGAGGAGCAGCUGCAGGAGAAGCGGGUGGAGAAGAUGAUGAGAGCAGCAGCAAAAGACGUCCACAAGAUCAGGGGCCAGAGCCGCAAAGAGGUCCCUGAAGUCCAGACCUUCAGGUGAGACUACACAGGCCUGGUUUAAUCCGAAAUAAGAGACUCAGCUGGCUAGUGCUUGUAGAUAAAAACCUCUCAUCCAAGAUGGUGUUACUUUUGUUAUUGAGAAGUAAUCACAGCUGACCAAUCAGAAUCAAGUAUUCAGCACCAGUCAUGUUUGAACCCGAUGUGUUUUUUCCUUAGACCAGAAUUAUUGGGUUGUCUUUCCUGCAUGUCUCUGCCUCAGUUUUGUGGAAUCAGCUGUUUUCUUGAGCAGGUUAUGUUUAAAAUCUUCACCAUCAUCAACUGUCGAUAUUUUGAUGAUCUUAACCCGCCUGCUGUGUCUUUUCCCCCGCGCGCCUCCAGAGAGAAGAUGGCAUUCUUCACACGAGCCAAAAGCAGCAUCCCCGACCUGCCGGCUGACGACGUGUAAAGAAUCAUUUCAAAGUAUUUCCUCCUCCUGAGUCUUAAUCUGCUGUUCAGACACAAAUGAAGCAAAACGCUCUGCGGUGAUAUGAAGAAUAUAAAAGAAUACUGUUAUGUUAAGUAGAGAAAAAAACACUCAAAACCAUGAAGAAACACAUUUUAAGGAGCGCAGCAUUUCUAAUGUGGAUAGUCUGUGUUUGUGAAUUAGUGAUAGCACUACUAGAGCUUCUCUUUUUUAUGAUUUCACUCUUCUUUUUCUGUUGAUGCUUUGUCUUUCUGUUACUAACAGGCUGUUAAUAGGCUCUUAGAUGUUUCAGAUCAUUCCAGCACAAAGUCACACAUGUGCAUACGUUUUUUGUUUUUUGUUUUUUUUGUACUGAAAUUACACGUUUGAACUAAAAAAAUAUAAAUAUAUAUCUAUAUCUAUGGCACAAAAUGACAUCAAACAAUGGUACUGAAGCGAAAUAAGCAUCAAAAAACAAAUAUCUGAUGUUAAGAGGUAUUUAAGUGUUGAUGUGUUUUUUUUUUUUAAGAACAUUUUAAAAACUUUAUACGCAGAAAAACUGAAGCACACAAAAGCGUCAUCAGCAUGCCUCCAGUUUCAGCUUCGCAACCACACAGGAGGAAAACUGGAGUCUUUUCAGACAAACAGCACUAAACGAACUGGAAAUGACGAAUGAAGAGCGGUCAGAGGUCACAAUACUUUUUUUUUUUGUUUGUUUGUUUUGUUUGUUUGUUUUUUUUUAAAGUCAAAAGUCGUCUCACAGAUAAACACACACAGAUCAUCAGCAACAUGUAGAAACAGCACUAACUCUCACUAACACUCAGGUAGAUAUCGGAUAGUCUGCACUUUAAAAAACUCGAGGUAAAAGUUUAAAAAAAAAAAAAAAAGUGAAUAAAUGAACUUUGCCUCACGCUGGAAUGAUUGUUGAUUGUUGAGGCACAUGAAGAUUGUUGAGACACAAACAGGAACUGAAGAAAAAAAUGUGUUUUUCCUGACUGUGAACUGAUUGUAUGACUUAAUCCCAGCUCUCAUUCAAAACUGACCAGCAGCUGACAGCCAAUAGGAAGAAAGCACACCAUUGACCAGGUGGUGGAUAUAUUUUCUGGCCUGUUGACACCAGGUUUGUUUGUUUUUUUUCUUUUCUUUUUUUUUGUAUUUUUCAACCUUACCAUCUCUUUCUGCUCAGUAACUGGAACUUUUCAAUACAUAUCCGAGUCACUGUCAUACCUCCCAAAUCGGGGACUCGUUCUUUUCAACAACACUUUGUCUUGAAAAGUUUCCCGAUGCAUCAGAAGCCAAAAAACGUCCUGGAAACCCUGAGAGUCUUAAAAAUGUUCUAGUCGGUGGGUUUGUCUGUAGUUGUGAUGGUUUCAGUGGCACAAGGUCGUAGUUUUCUAUUAUACUGCUCUGUGAGAGGCAGAGUUGAAAUGUCACGAUGAUAAGCAGGAGCCUCAAUAAGUCAAAUUUAACCAUCAAAGCAUCUGUCAGUAAAAAUUCUGGCACUCACAAUACAAAGACUUUCUCCUCUUCUGUGUUUGGACGGGUGAAUCCAAACACUUUUUGACUUCCGUUCUCUGAGCCUCGUCAGAAACGCUUAAUGCUAGUUAGGGUUGAUUUAUGUGGAAAUGACGUUCUGAGCAUGUUUUUGGAUGUUAGCUGCGUGUCUUUUGGACUGAAGUUCAGACUGGUAUCUAACUGGUAUCUCAGUCGUUUUCAGACUCUCAGGGUUUCUUAAAAACAUGUUGUUGAUCUUGAGAGUAAAGAGUUUCAGGAUGAUUGACUGGUCGGCUUUUGGUCCAUCAGGAUUCUUUUUUACAUGGAUGGUGUCGAAGGGCGUUUGAUCUAAAAUCAGUGUGCAUCAUGAACUGGACUCUCUGGAUCUGUAGCUUCAUGUUUAGUGACCCAGCAAAGUUUUACUCAGCCCCUUUCACUCCUUGUCAAGUCUUUCCAAUUACAUUUACGUUGAGUCAAGUAUCAGAGUUUUUGAGAGGGAUGGGCGGACUCAGUUUUCACCAAUUUUAUUGUGUUGAUUUUGCAACUUCAGGCGAAAAAGUUCUAAAGAGUUUGAUUCAGCAGCAAACAGCAGAAAGAUCCUUCACUGAAGAUGUGACCUGUAGAAGUCAUUCAGAGUAUUGUGGUUUAUGCUCAGCUCAUGAAAGACUGAGUGACGUCUGACUUUGUUUCCAUGGAAACGCUGUUGCAGAAAUUAACAGCUGACCUUGACUGAGCCCAUCUUUUUCUCACCUGGCUCUUUGUGUUUUUGUAACUGGAUGUAAAGCAGCUGCUGUUAAAGUCAUCCUCCACAUUUCACCUUCAUGUAGAACAAAAAGCUUCACGCUGAAACUCGCUGCUGUUCCGGUGAGAUGCCUCAGACUUGUAGGGUUAAUAUUCUACACAGUCCCGCGAAUAAGUGGAGAAGUCAAGAGGAAGACUUCACAUUUGUAAAUUUAAGUUUCAUACAAAUCAGUAAAGGUUAAGUUGUCUGGUUUCUUUACCUCCUCAUUCAUUUUUGAACCAUUUCUCUCUACUCCUACAAGAAUCCAGCAGCUGAAGUCAAGAAAAACUCACAAAAUUUAUAUUUAAGUUGCACCAAAGUGGUGAUACUUGGACUGAAAUGAAUGACGUCAGAGGGAUAUCAAAAGAAGAAGAUUUUGAAACCGCUGCUCCUAAAAAUAUCAAGCUGAUGUUUCUCUGAGGAGUAAACAAAGAAGUCUGCAGGAUGGCAGAACUGGAACACGCAUCCAUAACUUUAGGAAACAUAACAGGAUUCAAGUUUUGAACUUUUAGAUGAAAAACUAGUUUUAGUUUUGUGAAGAAGCCCUCUGACAGGAGAGAAGAAAAUUAACAAAGAAGGAGCUAGAAGAGAGCUCAGACUCGAAACAUGGAGAACAACGAUAAGAGAGAGAGAGAGUGAGAGAGACGGGGGUGACUGUAACAGGCAUGUUGCUUUUACUUGAAAGUUGAAAAAGUACAGGAGGGUGAGUUACGUUUGCGUGUAAGCCCUGCGAGUUCACGACCAGCAGGGGGAGAUUGCUGAGAAGUUUUUGAAAACUGUUUCUUCUUCUUGGUUCAUUAAUUUAACGCUCUCCGUCUUCAGUUUGUUUCAAGGUCCUUCUUUGUAAAUUAUGGUCAAACUGAAGGAAAAAUAGUGAUUUAUGGGGUAUCUUCUUUUGAUUGGGAAGUCUGAGCCACGUAAACAGGGGCUAUAACGCCAAACACGAAGCAACCGAAUCUUUAAAUUACUCUUGAAAACAGUCUUUGUUUCAUACUGACUCUGACAGAUGAGGUUUAAGCUGCUUCAUAAGAAAAACUGACACAGUAUCCAGUGAGCUGUUCGUCUAUUUGGAGCCUGGAGCAUCAUCAUGAGUCUGAAUCUUUGCUGGGUCACCAUGCUUCUUUUUCAGUACUGACGUGGAUCGGGCCCUUCACAUGAUCCUGUUUCCACUCAUGGUGUAAACACAAAAAUGCAGCUGCUUCUGUUUUACUGUCUACUCACUUUUGGCCUUUCAGGAGCAUGACUCAUUUGUUGCCUUUCUCAUGUGUACAUACAAGACCAGCAGAAGGAGGUUUUUUUUUCUGUGUCUCCUUCCAGCUCUUCUCUAAAAGUCCCCAAACUGAAAACCAGCCUUGUUCUCUGAUGCUGAAAUACUGUAAAUGUAAAAAUCCACAGAAAAGAAGAAAAUCACGAUGCAUUCAGGUAGAAGUAGGUAUAAUUUGCACAAAGUGUCUUUAUGAAUAAUGAAUAUCCCAUGAAUGCAGAAAUAUCAGUGACACUUAGUGAGAAAACUAAGAAGGUGAAACUUGAUGGGAAGGUAAUGAGGAUGUUCACCCUGAUGCUGUGUCCACACUGCAGGAGCUAAAGGUGAAAUCAGCACAGAAACAGUCAGGUCGCUGUCUGCACAUGUACAUGUUGUACAGAUCAGUAGGUCCUCUCAGUGAUCACAAACAAAUUUCAGUAAUUCAUAAAUAUACAGAUUCAAAUCUGCAUCAAUGAAGACCUCAAGUCCACAAAAAAAGAUGGUGAAAAAUCUGACCGUACUCACACUGGGCUUUAAAAUCAGAGCGUUGAUUUCCCACAUGAACUGUUAAUUCUCUAUUAUUGAGAAUAAACUAGCCGUUGAACCAAAACUAAAGUACUAGAUGCGUCAGCUGUGCUACAUGAUUCAACAAACUCUGACACAGUUGUUCUUGUAUUCAAAGACCCAUCUCAUUUCAGAGUUUCCCAAAACUAGGGUUACGGUCUUCCUCCUUUUGACCAUUUUUAAACCAGUAAGGCAGGAAGCAUUUCGGCUACUUUUAAAGUUUGAAAAUUGAAGGAUUUAAUCAGACCGUUUGUUUAGAGUCUGAAUAAUUGUCCAAAUUCGGUUCCAGUUGGGGAAAUUCAUUCAAAAGUUCACAACCCUUAAAGGAAAUGAAGGGGAGAUGUUUUCUCAGGAUCCUGCAGAAGGUCAUUCGUAUUUUAAAAAGGUUUUUUUUUUCUCUCCAUGUCCCCUCAGGGCCUCUGUACCAAAGUCAAAGCAACAGGUUGGAUAAAUGAAGAAAAAAUAUAAAGUUCACAUCAUAAAAUUAAGAAACAGCAGAGGAAGAUAAAAGGUUAUAAACUCUUUAUUAAUAUUGCGUUUCACUUCACCCCCUCAUCCGAAUUGAUUAGCUCAUCAUCUUCAGCCCGUAGAUGUAGAGCGAUGUAGAGUAGCUAAGGUGAAUAGAAUAAGGCACAACUUUUUAAGAGUCCAUGUUGUUUCCAAAUUAUGUCUCCUAAAGUAGAUUUAGACAUGGACCAUCUGGGAGGUCAAACAGUUUCACAUCUAGGAACUUUUAAUCCACCUCUAGCUCGUGUCUGUGCAUCCCCUUUCAGUGUGAGAGCAGCUGUGUGCUCGGUCAGGACUGAGGGUUUGACUUUAGCUGCAACAUUAAACAAAGUGUAUUAAAAAAACGCCUUUAGAGUGGUGUGUGUGAGAGAGAAAGAGCGUGCCUUCGGAGAAAAACACAUUGAAUUUUCUGUCUUUCUUUUCAGUCCAAACCUGGACACUGUCGCCUGGUCUGAAAGGAAACUGUUGAGUGGAGACACGUGUUUGUUCUUUUCCUCCACUGUAGAGUAAAAGUGUGUUAGUCUGAGGAGACAGUCAGCUGAAUGUUGUUUAACCUCGAAAUCAAGUUCUGAAUGAAGGAUUGUAGAUUUGAGCUACGAUAAAUCACCAUCAUUCAGAGAAAAAUACAAAUGCUGUUAGUCUCAAAUCUUUUUUUUUUUAAUUAUGUAGAUUGUGAUGUAAUUCUUGUUUUUUUGAGGUAAAAGUGCAUUUUUUUUUCUCCUCAUUUGAUUGUUUUCAAUGAAUCUGUUUGUAUUACGACCGGUGAUGAACCUGGUGAUGUGUAUGGAGGCGGCUAUGAAAAACAUACAGCAUGUAUUUAUUGCACUUUGUGAUUUGGGUGUGCUUUUCCUGUUUUAAUUUUAUUUUUUUUAUUUUUAUCACGAGAGUCCCGAAAAGCUGUGAAUUUUAUUCUCAGACACUGUACUGUCAACCAGAGUUGUAAAUAUUUCACCAGCACAAAAAACAGACAAUAUGUUUUGUAGUUUCACAAUAAAUAAAAAAGUUCUUCUCUUCUAA